AUGAAAACAGCCCAGCAGAGCAUGAGGCCCCAUCCUCAUCUUCUUCCAACCAGAGUCAAGUCAGGUCAAGAUUUGGACAUGGUUUAAGACCCUUUUCACAAUAUUGUGCCAACCCGAACCAUAAUGUGUAGACUCUUUUUACAUUGACCCUUCCAGCACGUUUCCAGUACUGAUGGAAUUUGGGGCCUAUGCAUUUGUAAGUGAAUUUGUUUUUUAUAAAGGAAAACAAGCUUCUUUCAUCCCCCAGAUGACAAUCUUUUGUAGACAAAAUGCUCAACUAUGGAGGAAUGCUGUUUAAAGGUUGGACAUGUUUGGAAAGGUCAAACCGGUACUCCAACCCUCUCUUCUAUUCAGUUCCUCCUGCUUUCAAACAGCACCUUUCGUGCACAUUCACAGUGAUGUUCCCAAAACGUUUGGUGCUACUUCAGUCGCUCUGCGUGGGUCCCUCAUGUCCACGCUUUUUGAAAACCUUUGGAGUUAUUAACGUUGCGGAAAUGUAGCAAAUUCCCCAUUCUUGGACAUCACUUGGUUUCAGUAACAUUUCAAGAACAUUUGGUGUAAUCGGUUUCCCUAUGCUUUAGUGAGCAGGUGCUUUGUGCAAGCUAUGCUAAUGAGGCAUGUUGGUUCUGACAGUAACUCUUCCGUAAUGACCUGGCAGUGUAGCCCUGAGGGAUCUGGCUCCAAUUAAUUAUCCAGCAGGACUAUUAUGGCAUUAUAAUGAUAAAAUAUCACCUCCUAAUCAUUCUGCAGCACUGGUACAGCAAAAUGCAAGUAUAAUUAUGUCUGCUGGUGAGGUGUGUGUGUGCUUGCGUGCAUGUAUGGAUGGUUUUCUAGAGACAAGUAAACAAACACGCAUGGAUAUAUUCCACAGACAACCCCCAGAAUGCAUUAUGUUAAUGGCUGAAUUUAAAAUGUAUUAAAUUGAGAUGUUUUGUCACUGGCCUACACACAAUACCCCAUAAUGUCAAAGUGGAAUUAUGUUUUUAGAAAUUGUUAUACAUUUAAAGAAAAUGAAAAGCUGAAAUGUCAUGAAUCAAUAAGUAUUCAACCCCUUUGUUAUGGCAAGCCUAAAUAAGUUCAGGAGUAAAAAUGUGCUUAACAAGUCACAUAAUAAUUUGCAUGGACUCACUCUGUGUGCAAUAAUAGUGUUGAACCCUUUGACACGUACGAUCACAUAUUGUGAUCAUUGUUGACUAGUACCAUCACAAAUAUGUGAUUGGAACAGAAGCAACAGAAUGUAUGAUGCAACAAACGCGUCUAAACAUCAUUGUUGUCUGAAAAGCAUCUUAACAAUGUUUUGUACUGAUGGGAAAUAAAGGUCUUCACAACUUUAUUCCUCAAUUUCACCUUUUAUUGUAAAAGAUAAAUGCGAACUUCAUCAUCCAAACAUCACACGCAACACUGCCAAACCAGUCUAAAUAACAGGUUGCGCUGACAAAAAAAAAAAACAUAAGUUAGCGACCUAACAGCUAGACUUGUUUACAAUGUACCUCAUCUCUGGUGAGCACAAGUGAGAAAUGUAAUAUUGUUUAGAAAAGAGAUGGGUGUCAGCUAAGAUAACAGCAGCUAAAUUCUUUAUGAUGGUUUAUGUUUGACAAGCGAAAACUCUCUAAUCCCAGAAUGCCAUUCACUAUAAGACGCACAUAAUCAAAGUCAAAGAUGGCUGCGCCCAUUGCCUGAAAAAUAUGAACUUAGUUUGGCCACUUUUCAGCAUAUUACAAAUCUUCAAUGUACUUGUUACAGUGUAUACAAGAACUGGAGCACAUGACUUGACAAGUCGUUUACAGUUUUUGACAAAUCACAAAGCAAAUCAAGUGUUAUCACCUCACAGAUCAUCACCCCAAAUACAAGCCUACUGCCUUGCCUAACAGUAGUGCGAAAGCUAAACAGGGAUGAAACCAGUUUAGGGGGGUUUGUCCAUUAUAUUAUUAUGUUGUUUUGUUGUCCAUGGGGGAUAGAUAUUGGGGAAGGUAUCAUGGGGGGUUUUGAUGAAGGAAAUAUUAAUAUGAUGGGGGAGUUAUCAAUAAAUGGGGGGCAAACACAGGAGAAGUUUAUACGCUAAAUACAAAUAAAACCCCUGGAAAGGGGGGUCUGAGCUGGCAACCCUGAUGUAUCAUAGUUACAAUCUGAUGCCAUGUUGAAAACAACUGGGAACUGGGAACUCGGAAAUCUCCGACUUCCACUUCAGUGCGUUCAAGACAACUGGGAACUCGGAAAAAAACGAGAUCUGCUUGGGGAAAAUAAUUUUGAACGGUCAUCCAACUCGGAAUUUCAACUUGGGAACUCUGAACUCUUUCUAGAGCUCCGACCUUCCGAACUGAAGAUCACUGACGUCAUGAUUUGAGUUCCCAGUUGUCUUGAAUGCACCAUAAGUCAAUCGAGUGAACUAUCCCUUGUUAUAACAUCUUGGAUCUGACAGACGUUUACGUGACACCCAGAAUGCAUUGUAUGAUGUCAACAAACAUGGCGCCACACAUAGCUGGAAAAUAGCUUAGCAUUAGCUCAUCAUAAUCAGUACAACCUUCAAAAAAGUAUUUUACACACAUCAUAUGUGUCCAUUACGAUCUAUGCAAGAAUCAGAGUGCAUUAUUUGUCACCAGUACUUGAAAACAUGUGAAUAAAACAGUAAAUACAUUAUGCUCCAUACAUACAUAUGCUAUGCUACAGUAGAAAUGACAACACAAUAUACAGAAAAUAAGGCACUUACUUUGAUAGGAACGCACACAUGUCCAAAGUUAUUAUUUGUAGGGAAAACAGCAAUGAAGGCAAUGCGAGCAACAGCCAGAAAAUGUGCCAGGGAGACGGCCAUUUUUGAUCUGGGUGAACACUGGGGAAGUGCUUGGGCUCUCCUUGAAGAGAGAAGUUUGUCCGGCUUAGUAAAGCCUCAAACAUAAAUUGUCCGCAACAGUGAAAUGGGCUCCUUCUUAUGUGAAUUAAUGAGGAGGUUGAACGCACCUCAAUUCAAACUGUUGUUAGAAACUAAAACUUGUUCGAAAAUAAUUUGAAAUUGCCAAGUUGAAACAUAUCCUAUAGAUAAUUAGCAGGCAGCAUGUCUUGGUUUGAGGGAAGCGAUGGUUAACUGUCCUGUUGCGUAACAAUCACAUUUUGGAACAAUCACGCAUCACGCACAUAAAAAAACUCACAUUGGGCCGACCGUUAGAGAUAUUUGGAACUCACGCAUGAAAAGGUUAACAUGAUUUUUGAAUGAAUACCUCAUCUCUGUACCCCACACAUACAAUUAUCUGUAAGGUCCCUCAGUCGAGCAGUGAAUUUCAAACACAGAUUCAACCACAAAGACCAGGGAGGUUUUAUAAUGCCUCGCAAAGAAGGGCACCUAUUGGUAAAUGGGUAAAAAAAAACAUUGAAUAUCCCUUUGAGCAUGGUGAAGUUAUUAAUUACACUUUGGAUGGUGUAUCAAUACAGCCAGUCACUACAAAGAUACAGGCGUCCUUCCUAACUCAGUUGCCGGAGAGGAAGGAAACCGCUUAGGGAUUUCACCAUGAGGCCAACGGUGACUUUAAAACAGUUACAGAGUUUAAUGGCUGUGAUAGGAGAAAACUGAGGAUGGAUCAACAACAUUGUAGUUACUCCACAAUAUUAACCUAAAUGACAGAGUGAAAAGAAGGAAGCCUGUACAGAAUACAAAUAUUCAAAAACAUGCAUCCUGUUUGCAAUAAGGCACUAAAGUAAAACUGCAAAAAAUGUGGCAAGAAAUUAACUUUAUGUCCUGAAUACAAAGAGUUAUGUUUGGGGUCAAAUCCAACACAACACAUCACUGAGUACCACUCUUUAUAUUUUCAAGCAUGGUGAUGUCUGCAUCAUGUUAUGGGUAUGCUUGUCAUCGGCAAGGACUAAAGAGUAUAAAAAAGAACUGAAUAGAGCUAAGCACAGGCAAAAUCCUAGAGGAAAAUCUGGUUCAGUCUGCUUUACAACAGACACGGAGACAAAUUCACCUUUCAGCAGGACAAUAACCUAAAACACAAGGCCAAAUAUACACUGGAGUUGCUUACCAAGACGUCAUUGAAUGUUCCUGAGUGGCCUAGUUACAGUUUUAACUUAAAUUGGCUUGAAAAUCUAUGGCAAGACUUAAAAAUGUCUGUCUAGCAAUGAUCAACAACCAAUUUGAAGAAUUUUUAAAAGUGUGUUUUAUUUUUACAAAUGUUAGAAUUUCUCUUCCACUUUGACAUUACAGAGUUUUUUGUGUAGAUCUUUGACAAGAAAUGACAAUUAAAUCAAUUUUAAUCCUACCUUGUAACACAACAAAAUGUGGAAUAAGUCAAGGGGUGUGAAUACCUUCUGAAGGCACUGUAAAUCUUACUCAUUAUUCUCAAAAUGGAGCAAAUGUCUUCAGAUGGAAAAGAUAACAGAUUGUUUUUAUUGUAUAAUCUCAGACCUCCCUCUUUUGCUGAUAUUUUCUCAUAUAUAACUCUAAAUGAGUGGUUCUCAAUGUUGCACUGCACAUAAUGGCCUAUAUGCAAUAUUGUUAUGUGUAAUAACACAUUAUUCUUUGUUUUUUUGCCAUGAUCUUUUGGAAUGAGGGUAUCGUGAGUUGAUCUCAAAUAAAAACAGACCAACUCAGGAUGAUUGAGAGGCUGUGUGAACGUAUAAUAAUUCUGGUGCCAUGAUGACAAUAAUCCAGGCUGAUUUAAUGAAAUGACAUACUUGGACAUAAACAGAGCUGUUUUUGAGAACUAUUUUCUUUCUGUUGCAGCUGAACUGGUGCAAGGAUACGGAUACCGGGCCCAGCGCAAAUUCUCAGAAGACAUCGACUGGUCCUAUGCGGGUGAGUGUGGAGUGGACCAUAUGAGUUUGGUUACAUUUUCAAUGUCUAUCUCAGUGGGAUACAUUGGGAUAAAUUAUUGAUAUAUUGAAGUUAAGUGAUUUUGGUGCAUUGUAAUACCAAAGAACAGUUGAAGUGUUACCCUGUAUAUUGAAUGGGUUCCUUAGCCAUGAAUCCACAGGUGGUCAGGAGUGGAGUGGCACUCUGGUGGAGAUAAGACUUUGAUGUCUGCUGGACUGCCACGCUGUGUCCUCAAAGCUCCUCUUAUGAUGUGUGUGUGUGUGUGUGUGUUGGUGUGUGUGUGUGUGUGUGUGUUGGUGUGUGAGUGUGUUGGUGUGUCGGUGUGUGUGUGUGUAUGCGUGCGUCCACGGCUGUGCGGGUGCGCAGGCACACAGUGAGUGAGUAUGUGAUUGAUAAGUAGUGUGCUUCAAAGAGAUGACUGGGAUACGCUAGUAUUUUGAGCUGGUAGUGACAGACAAUAUCAGACUUGCAGUCAUAGACUACUAGUUGCUUGUGACUUGAAUACUGUGUGUGUGCGUGAGUAAUGCAAUAACAGAUAACCACAGAGAUUGUCUAGUCUGGGCAUGUGUAAAAUAUCAGAAGGGAUUAACUUUGUCUUUAUCUGUUUGACUCAUCCUUAAACUGAGCUGUUAUGGCUUCCAAUAAACCUAUUAGACUAUACUGGUCUUGCCUAGUGACUGGUUAGAGAAGAAUGGAGUAGCCUAGUCACAAAGCUUGUUCUCCUCACAAAGCUUGUACCCUGGAGUAGACUGGGAUUUACUUAGGAAUGGCCACUCCUGGCAUCUCUAUAUCAGCCAUUAUUUGAGAGGAAGCACAAGGAUGUGUGUGUGGCAGACAUCUAAAGAGUAGGCCAUUUGCAGAAUAUACUCACCAGCAAUAAUAUUUUUUCUAAGUGUCUACAAUGCAGGUCAUAAUGAAUAGCUUGGUUUCAUUCACGUCUUCUGAAACGGGGAUGCCAAAGAGACCUGGGAAUUAAUGUCCUAUUUGAAAAUAUAAUUUGAUAAAACAUUCAUGCAUUCUCUCCCCUUCUCUUGAAGAUCAUCUGAACCCAUUCCAAUUUUCCCCCUUGGUCUCAUUUUGAGAUUUGCAUUUGAAUACGUAUUCCCUUAGAAAUUAAUUUGAUCUUCAUGAAUUCUCCUGACGUUUGGCAAAGUGGUUUGGUAUUGUGUGGAGAGAGAUCAACCAGGAAAUGGAUUGGUAAUCAUUGGGGGUCAUUUGGGGCCUUGUUCCAAUAGUAAAUGGCAUGGCCUUCUCUCUCCCCUUUACUCUAUGACCACUGACAAGUUUCAACUGAAAUGUUUUCAAUGAAGAAUUGGCCUAUGCUUGGGUUAUCAGGUGGGGAGAUGAGAAAGGAAGACCUAUUUACACUAAAGUUCAAGUUCAGGUCAGAAUAUGGCCCGCAAUCUCUUUUCAACUAAUGUUGACAACAUCCAAAUAUGCACAAUAUUGUAACUGUCACGCCCUGAUUCAGGGGACUCUUAUAUGUUGAGUCAGGGUGUGGAUAUUCUAUGUUGUAUUUUCUAUGUUUGUGUUCUAGUAUGUUUAGAUCUAUGUUGGCCGGUGUGGUUCCCAAUCAGAGGCAGCUGUCGCUCGUUGUCUCUGAUUGUGGAUCAUACUUAGGCAGCCUAUUGGCACUCGUUAGUUGUGGGAUCUUGUUCUGUGUUGGAGGCUUGUAUUGUUGUUAGCCUUAGGACUUCACGUUUCGUUUGGUUUGUUGUUUUGUCGUGUGUUUAUCAGUUAAUAAACAUGUACGCAUUUCACGCUGCGCCUUGGUCUGACCCGUCCUUGAACGAACGUGACAGUCACACAUGCUGUUAAACUGUGCAAGAGCUAUAGUGUGUUGGUGUAGCCUUAUUUGACAGUGACAAAUUGUCAAAGAGGUUUAUACACACACACACAUACACAUACACACAUACACAUUCACACACACAAAAACACCCCUGUUCACACACACACACAACACUAGGGACUCUCUUCUCAGGAACUAAGCUUUAUUUAUUUUUUUAGCCAUGGAGAAUUCCCUGGUGGUGAGAGAAUUCCCUGUGUUAGGCUCUGGGACCCAUAUUUGGAAAGUAGGGCACAUUCAGCUCCUGGUUUGGAGCGGCUGUUUAGCCUAGCUUGUCUGAUCUGUGUUAGAUGAGACAUGACAUGGGUAAUGACUAGCCAAUACGGCAUAGACUGUAUGAUGUGUAGCAAACAUGUGUGUAUUUCUAUUCAAUUCAACAUUGACUUUGAUACAGUUUAUAUUAUUAGCAUGGUUAUAUUUUGUACAGUUGCCAAACAGUCAGUAAUACAGCAUAUUCUACUAAAUAGAUGCAUAAUUUGGCAUGGAAAUGUACUAUGAAUAUUUACUAUGACCCUCAGGCAGUAGCACACAAUAAUCACCCCCCCAUUCCCCCCAUCUCUCUGUCAAUCUUGGCUUUCACUAGACAUGACAAGAAAAAAAUAUAUUAUCUUUCCCCCCUUGCACCCCUCUCUACCCAUUUACAUUUACAUUUUAGUCAUUUAGCAGACGCUCUUAUCCAGAGCGACUUACACCUCUUGCUAUCGUUGUGUUCUCCUCUCUUCCCUCUCACCUCUCUCUCUCUCUCUCUCUCUCUCUCUCUCUCUCUCUCUCUCUCUCUCUCUCUCUCUCUCUCUCCCUCUUCUUCUCACUGUCUAGUCUACCCCAACCCCUCUCUAAACACUCUCUCUCCCUCUUCUUCUCACUGUCUAGUCUACCCCAACCCCUCUCUAACACUCUCUCUCCCUCUUCUUCUCACUGUCUAGUCUACCCCACCCCCUUCUAAACACUCUCUCUCCCUCUUCCCUUUGCUCCCUCUCUCUCUCUUUACCACACAGCCUUCCCAUACCGGUCGGCGUCACAACAAACUGAAUCUGGGUGACAAUUGGGAGACUGGCACAACAAUGGGGACAUUAUUGGGUCAGGGCACAGACAAGUGGGCACAGUCAGCCAGAUGGGGGGACACCCUGCAUUCCGACUGCCAAUGCCACCCUAAACAUGCCCCUGUCCCUCCCCCACUUCCCUGUCCUCGAUAACCUCCCCCGUCUAUAGGCCUAUUGCAUAACUAGCAUCAACAGAGAAACAGCCCUGGUCCAAUGGCCCAAUGGCUACCCUGUGCUUGAGGAAGUUUUUGUUGGAGGCUUGAAGAUAUAUUAGAAAUAGAAAAGCAGUUGAGAGAGAUCAAUGUUCAGAUAAACUUGUUCAUUCCAGGUCUAUCUCAUGAAGCUGGUUGAGAGAAUGCCAAGAGUAUGAAAAGCUGUCAUCAAGGCAAAGGGUGGCUAUUUGAAGAAUCUCAAAUAUUAAAUAUAUUUUGUGUUGUUUAACUUACUACAUGAUUCCAUAUGUGUUAUUUCAUAGUUUUUAUGUAUUCACUAGUAUUCUACAAUGUAAAAAAUAGUGGGGAAAAAAUGAAAAACCCUUGAAUCAGUAGGUGUGUCCAAACUUUUGACUGGUAGUGUAUGUAAAUAAGAUAUUUCUGUAUACAAGUGUCUGGAACUCUAUUUUUAGGGAUUCGACACCAUUAUUCCAUGAAAAAUUCCAUAAUUUGGUGUUUUGUUGAUGGUGGUGGAAAACACUGUCUCAGGUGCCACUAGAAAAAAAGUGUUUGUUUUUUACAAAUCCAUACUUGGAGUCAAAGUAUAAUAUUGCGAUAUGUAACUGUAUCUAUUUUAUGAAAUCGGCUGAAUGCAACGAAUGAAGCUAAGCAAAGCAGCGCUGACCCUGUCCAUUACAGUUUUUUUCAAUUGUUUAAGCACAAUUUUGAAAACAGGGCCCGGUUUGUCAAAACACUACACACAAUUAGCACAGCCCUACACCAAAGUAGCACAACACUUCAGAUCUUUUGCAAAAUGGAACACUUUUGUCAAAAUUAUGCACAACUUCAUAAAAACAAUAUUUUGUUACCAUACGAAACACACACAUUUCAUAUGACUUCAAUCUUUUUGAACCAGUUACACACUGCCUUUGCAAACCUAAAACACCUUUAGCAAGUCUAAUUCUCAAUGAUUAGAGUACUGUAAAUGAAGUACACAGAGAAAGUGCAACUAUACAAACACUACACAAGACCAAUGCUGCAGACUGAGGAAAAUAUCAUUUAUUUCUCUCCAUAUACCCAAAUCAGUCAACAUGUCAACAUGGAGAAUCACAACAAAACAUGUCCCAGUUUUCAUGCUACUACAGUAGUGUGCAUAACACUGUUAGCUCAGCAAACAACAGACAAACGUAAAAUACAGUAUCCAGUACAGUUUACAAUUACAGUAAAUAACAACAACAAACAUAAAAAAUAAUCUGAAAAAACUGACAAUAUUGUACAGAAAAUACUACAGUAAACAUACUAUACAUUAUCCCUUCGCUUAGCUGGAUCUGGCCAGAGAAUUUCAUCAACAUCACAAGCAAUAUCCUCAUUAGCAAGACAACGCGGGAACAACCGUCUUGAAUGUCGAAUCCAUCCUGCGGCGUCGACUUGGUCACAGGCGUCCUCCAUGGCCUGAAUGAGGGGUACCUGAGCCUGGGGCUGGAGAUCGUAAACCUUCCACCGCCAUGCAGAGAAAAACUCUUCGAUAGGGUUUAGAAAUGGAGAGUAUGGUGGAAGGUAUAGUACUGUCAACUGUGGAUGGUGUUGAAACCAGUUCUGGACCAAAGCAGAGCGGUGGAAUGACACAUUGUCCCAGAUGACAGUGUAUUGCAUCUGGUGCAUUUCAUUUUUUUCAUUACCUGCUGUGACGAUGUGGUGCAAUCGGUCCAAAAAUGCGAGAAUGUGAGGUGUGUUGUAAGGGCCCAUUUUGGCAUGACGGAGGAGAACCCCAUGCUCUGAAAUGGCAGCGCAAAGGGUGAUGUUACCCCCACGUUGCCCUGGGACAUUGAUUAUAGCCCUGUGGCCAAUGAUAUUUCUGCCUCUCCUUCUUGCUUUUGUGAGGUUGAACCCUGCCUCAUCAAUAUAUAUGAAUUCAUGCAGGAUUUCCUCAGCAUCCAUCUGCAAAACUCUCUGAAAUACAGUGAAAGACAAGAUUGUGUAGUUCAGGAUAGGUCUAGUAUACAGUCAAUGUAAUAAAGUCAUGUGUGCAGUAUGCAACAUCACAGUGCUAAAGUGAACAAUACAAACCUCCACAUACUCAUGCCGCAGCCGUUUGACCCUCUCUGAAUUCCGCUCAAAAGGCACUCGAUAAAGUUGUUUCAUUUGAACCUGAUGUCUUUUCAGGAUGCGUGCCAGUGUUGACUGAGAGACCUGAUGGACAUUAUUGAAAAUGGCAUGGUCACCGAUAAUGUUGGCUUGUAGUUCUCUGAGCCUGAUAGCAUUAUUGGCCAAAACCAUGUUUAUUAUCUCUCUCUCUUGUUCUUGCGUGAAUAUGGGCCCCCUUCCUCCUUGUCAUUCCUGACCCUCAAUCCUAUGUAGAGAAUAAUACAUGUAACUUACUGUACAAUGUCACAGGAAGGGGUAUCACAAGUGCUGAUAUGGUGCAUACAAUAAGCGGCUGAUUACUGUAACUGUAGACAGAUCUUUUACCUGUUUUCCUGUCGAAAAGUCCUUAUGACAGAUGCCACUGUAUAUCUGCUAAGAUUUGGCUGAACUCUCAGUCCAGCCUCCCUCAGCGUCAAUCCGUGGUUCACAACAUGGUCCACUAGUGUUGCACGAAUGUCAUUUGAUAAGUUUGGUGCUCUUCUUCUUUGUGCACGUUCUCCUCCUGCUUCAGGUCUUCCUCGACCUCUGGCUCGGCCUCUGCCUCUUCCUCUACCUCCUUCUCCUCCUCUGUGUACUCCUCCUCUCACCCACUCUUCUUCUGACUCCUUCCAUUUUGGUUGAAGGCAGGUGAACCUACCUGCUGCAUUUUUAUAGUGCUUAAACCUGAUUGGUGUGUCUACAAUUUAGCAAUCAUGUGUUUGUGCACCUGAUGGCUGUGUUUAACAGAUUGGCUCAUAGGUGUGGUAAUUUGACAGUCAGUGCUUUGGAAUUGCAAGGAAGUGACAUCAUGAUAUACUUCUGUGUCUGAUGUAUACAAGUGUGUUUAGUGUUUUGCAAAUCACUGUGUGUAAUGUUUUGCAAAUAGUGUGAAGCUGACAAUGUGCUUACAGUUGUGCAAAUCUAGCCUUGUGUUUUGCUCCUUGAGUGUAAGGUUUUGCUAAUUGUGGGAAAAGUUUAAUUUUACUGUGUAAGCAAUCGUAAAAAACUGUAACAGUGACUGGAAUCAGGAACAGCCGCACGCGUCAGCGAUUUGAAUGGAUGGAAAGGAAAGCAUGAAUACCCAGGUGCCUUUCCUGAGGUUUUGAUGCAGUUUUAGCAAAUGUUGAGAUUUUGAGCAUAAAAACCACCAGAACCAUUGAGAAAAAACAUUAGAUAACAAAAAACAAUGAUUUUUUUUUUUAUGUGGCUUUUCAUAAUAGCUUUUUCUUAUACAAUUAUCACAGGGUAAGCACUGCCUACCCUGAGUGUACGACACUGGCACGCACACACACACACACACACACACACACACCAGCAGUUACAAUUGCCCACAACAGACAGAUGAUGAAGAAUAUACUGUUGCAUCAUAUCCUCUCUGCUGUGUGUGUGCAGCCAUUGACAUGCUAAUGAGCUGACCCAGAACCCAGAAUGACCUCAUUCAGCCUCAUUGUCCUCUGGCUCAGAUGGUUCUCGACAGUAUGUGGACCCCAGGACUAAAAUUCAGUUAGAAAAGGAAAUUGUAACGAGUAGUAGUAGUAUGUGUGUGUGUGUGUGUGUGUGUGUGUGUCUGUGUGUGUGUGUGUGUGUGUGUGUGUGUGUGUGUGUGUGUGUGUGUGUGUGUGUGUGUGUGUGUGUGUGUGUGUGUGUGUGUGUGUGUGUGUGUGUGUGUGUGUGCGUGUGUGCGUGUGUGCGAUUACAUGCUCACAGUAUAUAGCCUAAGCAAUGCAUCCCAAAUCUAUCUGGUGGAAACUUCAAGACAAGUUAAAUAAACACUACCCAUACUCAUGUCAUUGAUGUGUGGGUGAGCGUGUGGGUGCUGUGUUUUAGCCAGCAUUUGUUGUUGUCUAUGUCAUGUGAGACAGGUGUCGGCUAAAACAGAAACAGACUGGCAACCAGGUUUGACAGGAUGAGUUAGGUUACAGGAGAAGCAAUUAAACAAAACUCAGGAAGGCAAUUUAGGCCUCCCAUGCAACCAAUACACUGAAAAUGAUACUACGAGGCCCUUAGUUGACUCCAGUUAAACUGGAAAAUGUACAGCAAUGAAUGAGCAGGAGCAGUUGUUGAACGAAAGCAUGACAUUAAAUUGUUCUAUCGUGUGGAAUAGGCACGUCAGCUCUCUGCACAGCCCCAUAUCAACCCUUUGCCCCAAGCAAUUCAUGUAGAUUGAACUUGAUUCAACUACUCAACAUAUCACCCAACCCAUGAUUACUUGAAUCAGGUAUUAGUGCUGGGAUAAAGUUUUUAUAUAUAUCACACCCUGGGGACCUUGAGAAAUUUCACAGUUCUGCAUGUUACACCCCAGUGAAAUCCCGUCAAAGCAGACACACCUGAAGGUGAUUAGCUCGUUAGCUCCCCGAAGGAGCACACCUGCAACCAGUUGGUCACUAAUUAGAGAGGAAGAAACCAAAGUACACUUCCGAAACAGAGAAAACAACUGAGUUGUGUUUUAAAAUGGAAAACAGCAUUGUACAAUUUUUGGGCAAAUGAAUGUAGCUGACGCACCAACAAUAUGUUGGCUAUCUAUCUCUACCAUGCAUUAAACACAUUUCAACUGUCUCUUGGCAGGGACUCUAAACCAGAACAACUGGGCCAAGAAGUACCCAUCAUGUAACAAUGCCAGACAGUCGCCCAUCAACAUCGAGGAGGAGCUGACACAGGUCAAAGUUCAGUUCCAAAAGCUGAGGUUUGAGGGCUGGGAGGAGGCGACGUCUGAUAGGACCACCAUCAAGAACGACGGCAAGACAGGUAUGCGCUCUCACGUCACUCAGUCUCACAAUAAAAACAGCAUUACAGCAGCCAGUAAUGAAACUGUAAAGCUACAGUAAUACAGUAAAACAGGCCUAUCUGCAAUCAGCCAUUCAGUCAGCUAUUCAGGAUCCACUGCCUGUGGGUAGAAACUGUCUCAGAGCCUUAUGGUCUGGGUUUUAAUACUACAGUGUCGUAGUAGAAGGAGGAAGUGUAGAAGAAGAAAGAAGAGGGGAAAGAGGAAUGCAAUACAAUGUGAUGAUGUGGAAAUUAUUAUAUAUUGUUAGCUACUGAAAGACUGGGCAUUGUUGUAGUGUAUACUUAUGGCACUUUUAAAGCUGAGGGAUGUUUGUGUACGUGACUUUUUGUGUUUUCCAUUGGCAAGCUUCAGGCCACAUCAAUAUAGUGUAUGUGAGUGUAUGUGUGUGUUGUUUGAUGGGGUCAACUAACACCCUGUGUGUGUUCUCUCCAGUGGCGGUGAACCCAGAGGGGGACUUCUAUGUGAGUGGAGGGGGGCUGAGGGGCAGGUUUAAGGUGGGGAGAAUCACCUUCCACUGGGGCCGCUGUAACGCCUCCUCAGAGGGCUCUGAACACAGCCUCAAUGGGGUGAAGUACCCCCUGGAGGUAAGACCUGACAUUCGCCCAUUAUAACAUCACUAUGACAGAGUAUAACCUUGUUAUAACCUCCAUAUGACAGAGUAUGACUUCAUUGUAACCUCCCAAGUAGGGCAGUAUGGCCAAAAUAUCUUGGCACAAUAUCUUUCAAAUUUUUGACUGAUUGGCUGUAUUUUACAGUAUUUAUUCCUUUGACACGUACCAACACAAGGGUGUGAUCAUUCUACAGUGGUCCCUGCAGUGUACGCUUAAACCGAAAAAGUGCUUGUGCUCUCUUCGAAGAGAGAUUGUCCGGCUCAGUAAAGCCUCAAACAUAAAUUGUCCGCAAUGGUGAAAUGGCCUACUUCUAUGUGAAUUAAUGAGGAGGCGGAACACAACUUAAUUCAAACUGUUGUUAGAAAAUAAAAACGAAUCUGAAAUGGACAAAUUGAAACAAAUCCUAUAGAUAAUUAGCAGGCAGUGUGCCUUGGUUUGAGGGCAGCAUGGUUUAACUGUCCUGUUGCAUAACAAUCACAUUUUGGAACAGUGAGUGCAUUCUGACAUCACACGCAUAAAAAAACUCACGCUGGGGCGACCGUUACAGGUAUUUGGAACUCACACUUGAAAAGGUUAAGUUUCUGAAUAGUUCUAAAUAUGUUUUAUGCGUUGUACAUGACCGUAGGAAUUCUAAGUGGUUUUAAUUGUCUUUCUCCAUUCUGAUUGUUUUAUACUCAACCAAACUAGGAAAAAACUGACAGUGAAGUAAUCCAAUUUGUUUAGCAUUGUAUCAAAAUAUUGCUAUAGACAGUAUUGUUAAAAUCCAAAUCCAAACCUUACCUUAAAAUACGAUAUAUCACUCAGCCCUACUCCCAAGGACAGUACAAGGGAUAUCAACCAUCUCCUGUACCUUGUAUCUGUCUGUUCCAGAUGCAGAUCUACUGUUAUGAAGCGCAUCGCUUUGAGUCCUUAGACCAUGCCAUCAAGGACGGGGGCAGGAUCACAGCUCUCUCUGUGCUGUUUGAGGUGGGCAUGAGUGUGUGGUCAUUUUCUGAGUGUGUCUGUAUCAGUGGUGUAAAGUACUUAAGUAAAAAUACUAAUAAGCACUACUUAAGUAGUUUUUUGGGGUAUCUGUACUUUACUUUACUACUUAUUUUUUUGACUACUUUUACUUUUACUUCACUACAUUUCUAAAGAAAAUCAUGUACUUUUUACUCCAUACAUUUUCCCUGACACGCAAAAGUACUCGUUACAUUUUGAAUGCUUAGCAGAACAGGAAGAUGGUCCAAUUCACACUUAUCAAGAGAACAUCCCUACUGCCUCUGAUCUGGUGGACUCACUAAACACAAAUACUUUGUUUGUAAAUUAUGUCUGAAUGUUGAAGUGUGCCCCUGGCUAUCCGUAAAUAAAUAAAAACUAGGAAAUGGUGCUGUCUGGUUUGAUUAAGCUGUGAGGGGAACGGCACCUCCUUACCUUCAGGCUCUGAUCAGAACCUACACCCAAACGAGGGCACUAUGAUCAUCCACCCCCUACCUCUACGGAAGCACAGUUCCCGCUCAGCCCAGUACUGCAAAGCUAUUCGCUGCUCUGGCACCCCAAUGGUGGAACAAGCUCCCCCAUGACGCCAGGACAGCGGAGUCACUGACCACCUUCCGGAGACACUUGAAACCCUACCUCUUUAAGGAAUACCUGGAAUAGUAUAAAAGUAAUCCUUCCACCCCACUCCCCCAUAAAAAAAAGUGGUUGUCCCACUGGCUAUCAUAAGUUGAAUGCACCAAUUUGUAAGUCGCUCUGGAUAAAAGCGUCUGCUAAAUGACGUAAAUGUAAAUGUAAAAUUAAUAUAAGGAAUUUGAAAUGAUUUAUACUUUUACUUUUACUUUCAAAUUAUAUUUUAGCAAUUACGUUUACUUUUGAUACUUUUUUGAUACUGAUCAAAUACUUUUAGACUUUUACUCAAGUAGUAUUUUAUUGGGUAACUUUCACUUUUACUUGAGUCACUUUCUAUUAAGGUAUCUUUACUUUUACUCAAGUAUGACAAUGGGUACUUUUUCCACCACUGGUCUGUAUGUUUUGACCUACUAUGGCCACAUUUUAUAUAAUGAAUGUCUGGAGUAUAUGGAGUGUUAAGUGUAGCUCAAGCCAGAGGCUUUCCCCUGUGUGUGUGUGUGUGUGUGUGUGUGUGUGUGUGUGUGUGUGUGUGUGUGUGUGUGUGUGUGUGUGUGUGUGUGUGUGUGUGUGUGUGUGUGUGUGUGUGGGUGUGGGUGGGUGUGUGUGUGAGUUCAGGUAGGUAGGUACUGUAGAUUGGCGGGAGUGGGUGUUCUUGACAAGUAUGUCAUCUGUUGACACUGACAGGAAGCGGAGUGUGCCGAUGCAUUUGAUUUUGUGUGUGUGUGUGUGUGUGUGUGUGUGUGCGUGCGCACGUGUGUUUGUGACCUGUGUCAAGAGUGUUUGGUGGAUAAUUUUGCAUCCAUACCAGCAACGCUUUUCAUAGUCAAUGAGGGAUGACUUACUGUAUCUACUUGACUAGUCUAAACAGUACCUUUACUGAAUAAACAGCCUGGCAGUAACUGACAGUGUAGAAUACCAGCAGGUCAAUACCAUGUGUGUGAGCGUGUGUUGAGGAGAUUAAACCACACAUGUUAGGCUACACUCCGCUGCCCACCUGGGAAAUCAAAGGGGACAGGAUAGUGGAACGGAUUACCCACUACAGCAUCAGACUGAGCAGAGAUUAGACAUGCUACAUAGAUGGUCAGCUGUGGAAUAUCAAGUCUUUAGCUAUUAGCUUAACAUCAGUGUUGGCUUUAGCUUAGCAUCAGUGUUAGCUUCAGCUUAGCAUCAGUGUUAGCUUCAGCUAAGCGGGUCACAUCUUUAAAGGGGCAUUCAGCAGUUGAAACAAUAACAAAGUGGACUCAUUUUACAUUUACAUUUUAGUCAUUUAGCAGACGCUCUUAUCCAGAGCGACUUACAGUUAGUGAUUACAUAUUUUUUUUAUACUGGCCCCCCGUCGGAAUCGAACCCACAACCCUGGCGUUGCAAACGCCAUGCUCUAUCAACUGAGCUACAUCCCUGCCGGCCAUUCCCUCCCCUACCCUAGACGACGCUGGGCCAAUUGUGCGCCGCCCAUGAGUCUCCCGGUCGCGGCCGGCUGCGACAGAGCCUGGAUUCGAACCAGGAUCUCUAGUGGCACAGUUAGCACUGCGAUGCAGUGCCUUAGACCACUGCGCCACUCAGGAGCCCCUGUUUCAGUAAAAAGCUGAGGGAUGGGGCUGGAGAAAUGUAACCACUCUCAAAUUCAUAGACAAAGCUAUGUAUACAAGGACUGGCCAUGCAUUAUAUCAAGAUUAUAGUUUUAGCCAUUAUUAUGAGGCUACAUUGGGUUUAUUUAUAUUUACUUUGUUUACAAACAAUAUAGUAAAACACGCUUAUAUUUUGGGUUCUGAUUGGGUACGACAGUUGAACUAAGCUCAUGAGGCCUUUAUAAGUUAUAUUCUUCAAGAAUCAAUGGGUACAUAUAAUUAAUUUAUGUCCUAAAAUGGAUGAAGCAACUGCAGAUUGCCCCUUUAAAGCAGCCUAAGAAAUGUAGGGAUACAAAAAGGUAAGGGGGAGGAGAUGAGUAGAGGAAGCCACUGUAGACUUUUGAGAUGCCUGACUAACCUGCUGCCUUUCGCUCUUUACAGACGAGUGUCGAAGACAAUGACAAAUACAUAGCCAUUAUCGAUGGAAUCAACAGUGUCAGCCGAUUCGGUAUGUCAACCUGGCUUAACCCUAAUAACUCUAACCUCAACCAAUCAACUUAAAAAUAUAUAUAUAAUAAUCUGCUGUGAGCACAACCAUAAUUAUCUCCCUUGCAUUUCAUUAUCAAUGUAUUACUGCACAGCACUGUUCCUAAGUUUCAGUAAAUGUUUGUUGUACAGAAGAUAGUUAAUGCUAAUGGAGGUUGAAGUUUGCCAUGCAGGUAGGCAUUACAGAGUGCAUCAACUCAUUUUAUGUCAAUUCAAGGGCCACUAUCCCCCACAAUCAUACACCCACUACCUCACUGUGCCAUAAUGUAACACCCAGGCAUGCACGCAUGCACAAACACACAUACACACUUUUUUCUUUAUGUUUACCCUCUAUCGUUUAUCCUCUAUCGUUGUCUGUCAUUCUCUCUUCCUUUUGAUCUGUUCCUCUAUUUCACUUUUGCUUCUCUGUCUGCCUUCCCUACACUUUCCCCCUCUCUAGGUAAGAGUGGGAUGGUGGGUCCCUUCUCUCUCCGGGGCCUCCUGCCCAACUCCACAGAGAAGUACUUCAUCUACAACGGCUCCCUCACCACCCCACCCUGCACUGAGACCGUGGAGUGGAUCGUCUUCAAGAACACUGUGUCCAUCUCCGACACGCAGGUGGGUCUGUGUGUGAGUGUGUGUGUACAUCCAUGUGCACGUGUGUGUGCCUGUGUGCAUGUAUGAAAUCAGAGAGUGUGUGGAAAUAUUGUUUUUGUCAGUACAGAAGAAGAGAGCAUGAGAGACAGAAAGAGAGAGAGGGAGAGUGGGAGCACCACCUUUUCUCACUGUUCAUCCACUGUCUGUUGACAGCUGUCUUUUAGAGUGUGAAUGGGUUGGGUGGGGCCUUAACAUACACUGCUUCAUCUGUAUAGUAAAGGGCAUUGCAUAAGGUUAUUUUCACAAGUCACUGCUAGUCUGUUUCAUUAUGCCAGCGCCUGUAUCUUUUUGUUUUUGUGUCUGACUUUGUGCCAGUCCUUUGCUUUUGAUUUAUGUCUGUAAUUGGUUGUGGCUCUCUGAGUGUGUGUGUGUGUGUGUGUGUGUGUGUGUGUGUGUGUGUGUGUGUGUGUGUGUGUGUGUGUGUGUGUGUGUGUGUGUGUGUGUGUGUGUGUGUCAGCACCAUGCGUUUCAGUUUAAGCAGAGUAAAGGCCUCUGUGCCUUUAUUUGUUUGAUUUAAUGACAGCUUGUGUAUAUCUGUCAAUCACAAAUCACAAAUCCUUUUAAGUCUUUAACUGUUGACAUCCUGUUGUCUGACACAAGCCUCACACACCCUUUUUCCAUUUACACUGGCUUUCAGUCUGCCUAUUUUCGGUUAUGUAUGGUAUGGUAAUGUCACGUCUCAUGUUUCAAAACACUUUGAAAGGCCAUUUUGGGAGAAUUGUUCCUCUUGUGUAGCUUGGUAGCUUUUCAAACACUCCCUCAAGGCAUAUACUAGCUUUUAUGUGAUAGCAUUACCAUAUUGCCAGUCGUGCAUACAGCAGCCUAUAUAUUCAAAUGACAUUAUCCACAUAUUUGUUGUUUUGAUAACACUUUACAAUAACUAACUAAUAACUAUUCAUGUGUAAGCAUUUAAAAGCAGUUGAUGCAUUUACAGUGCAUAUGCAAAAGUAUUUGUAAAAAAUGUUACCAUAAGAGCGCCAUAAUCAUCAUGAAUACUACUGUGUGUUUCUAAACAACACCACACCUAUCAUUACAUUUGUACAUACCAAUGGCUGUUACAGAGGUUGCCUGAGUCACGGUUUUGGCCCCUGGUCACACUCACAGCCACUGUGGUUGGAAUGCUGUGUGAGUCAGAGGACCAGUGUUCUGUACAGUGUUACACAAUCAACUGCAGAAGAGGUGUACAGUGCAUUCGGAAAGUAUUCAGACCCCUUCACUUUUUCCACAUUUUGUUACGUUACAGCCUUAUUCUAAAAUGGAUUACAUUAUUUUUUCCCCCUCAUCAAUCUACACACAAUACCUCAUGAUGACAAAGCAAAAAUAGGUUUUUAGAAAUUUUUGCAAAUGUAUUAAAAAUAACAAACAAAAAUAGCUUAUUUACAUAAGUAUUCAGACCCUUUACUCAGUACUUUGUUGAAGCACCUUUGACAGCGUUAAAUAAUGCUUUUAGCAAAAAAUGUUUAUUUUCAAUUUAGGUUCAGAACUUUUGUGAAACAUCACAGCACAGUUGAAAGAUAUAUGGCAAAUACAAAUCCAAUAUGGAUGGUGUUAAGAGAUAGAUGGGAGGGGUUGAAUGGAGCUGAAGGUUGGGACUAAUAACAACUAAUAACAACAAGAUAACUCAUGUAAAACAUACUGUGUCAGUACAACAUAUAUACAGUGGGGAGAACAAGUAUUUGAUACACUGCCGAUUUUGCAGGUUUUCCUACUUACAAAGCAUGUAGAUGUCUGUCAUUUUUAUCAUAGGUACACUUCAACUGUGAGAGACGGAAUCUAAAACAAAAAUCCAGAAAAUCACAUUGUAUGAUUUUUAAGUAAUUAAUGUGCAUUUUAUUUAACAAAAUUGUGAGUGAGCCCACUCCCUUGGCUGAGAAGCAACCCCACACAUGAAUGGUCUCAGGAUGCUUUACUGUUGGCAUGACACAGGACUGAUGGUAGCGCUCACCUUGUCUUCUCCAGAAAAGCUUUUUUCCGGAUGCCCCAAACAAUCGGAAAGGGGAUUCAUCAGAGAAAAUGACUUUACCCCAGUCCUCAGCAGUCCAAUCUCUGUACCUUUCGCAGAAUAUCAGUUUGUCCCUGAUGUUUUUCCUGGAGAGAAGUGACUUCCACGCUGCCCUUCUUGACACCAGGCCAUCCUCCAAAAGUCUUCGCCUCACCGUGCGUGCAGAUGCACUCACACCUGCCUUCUGCCAUUCCUGAGCAAGCUCUGCACUGGUGGUGCCCCGAUCCCGCAGCUGAAUCAACCUUAGGAGACGUCCUGGCGCUUGCUGGACAUUCUUGGGCGCCCUGAAGCCUUCUUCACAACAAUUUAACCUCUCUCCUUGAAGUUCUUGAUGAUCCGAUAAAUGGUUGAUUUAGGUGAAAUCUUACUAGCAGCAAUAUCCUUGCCUGUGAAGUCCUUUUUGUGCAAAGCAAUGAUGACGGCACGUGUUUCCUUGCAGGUAACCAUGGUUAACAGAGGAAGAACAAUGAGUUCAAGCACCACCCUCCUUUUAAAGCUUCCAGUCUGUUAUUCUAACUCAAUCAGCAUGACAGAGUGAUCUCCAGCUCCAGCUGGUCCUUUUGUAGCAGGGCUGAAAUGCAGUGGAAAUGGUUUUUUUGGGAUUAAGUUCAUUUUCAUGGCAAAGAGGGACUUUGAAAUUAAUUGCUAUUCAUCUGAUUACUCUUCAUAACAUUCUGGAGUAUAUGCAAAUUGCCAUCAUAAAAACUGAAAAAAUAUAUAUAUUUGUGUCAUUCUCAAAACUUUUGACCAUGACUGUAGUCACUAUUAUUCUACAAUGUAUAAAAUAGUAAAAAUAAAGAAAAACCUGGAAUGAGCAGGUGUGUCCAAACUUUUGAUUGGUACUGUAAGUCGGAAGUUUACAUACACUUAGGUUGGAAUCAUUAAAACUCGUUUUUCAACCACUCCACACAUUUCUUGUUAACAAACUAUAGUUUUGGCAAGUCGGUUAGGACAUCUAAUUUGUGCAUGACACAAGUAAUUUUUCCAAGAAUUGUUUACAGACAGAUUAUUUCACUUAUAAUUCACUGUAACACAAUUCCAGUGGGUCAGAAGUUUACAUACACUAAGUUGACUGUGCCUUUAAACAUGGCUUUAAAAGCUUUUGAUAGGCUAAUUGACAUCAUUUGAGUGAAUUGGAGGUGUACCUGUGGAUGUAUUUCAAGGCCUACCUUCAAACUCAGUACCUCUUUGCUUGACAUCAUGGGAAAAUCAAAAGAAAUCAGCCAAGACCUCAGAAAAAAGUUGUAGACCUCCACAAGUCUGGUUCAUCCUUGGGAGCAAUUUCCAAAUGCCUGAAGGUACCACGUUCAUCUGUACAAAUAAUAGUACGCAAGUAUAAACACCAUGGGACCACGCAGCCAUCAUAGUGCUCAGGAAGGAGACGCGUUCUGUCUCCUAGAGAUGAACGUACUUCGGUGCGAAAAGUGCAAAUCAAUCCCAGAACAACAGCAAAGAACCUUGUGAAGAUGCUGGAGAAACAAGUACAAAAGUAUCUAUAUCCACAGUAAAAUGAGUCCUAUAUCCACAUAACCUGAAAGGCUGCUCAGCAAGGAAGAAGCCACUGCUCCAAAACCACCAUAUAAAAGCCAAACUUCGGUUUGCAACUGCACAUGCGGACAAAGAUCGUACUUUUUGGAGAAAUGUCCUCUGGUCUGAUGAAACAAAACUGUUUGGCCACAUCUCAAGACAUCAGUUAGGAAGUUAAAGCUUGGUCGCAAAUGGGUCUUCCAAAUGGACAAUGGCCCAUUCCUCCUGACAGAGCUGGUGUAACUGAGUCAGGUUUUCAUAGGCCUCCUUGCUCACACACGCUUUUUCAGUUCUGCCCACACAUUUUCUAUAGGAUUGAGGUCAGGGCUUUGUGAUGGCCACUCCAAUACCUUGACUUUGUUGUCCUUAAGCCAUUUUGCCACAACUUUGGAAGUAUGCUUGGGGUCAUUGUCCAUUUGGAAGACUCAUUUGCGACCAAGCUUUAACUUCCUGACGAAUGUCUUGAGAUGUUGCUUCAAUAUAUCCACAUAAUUUUCCUUCCUCAUGAUGCCAUCUAUUUUGUGAAGUGCACCAGUCCCUCCUGCAGCAAAGCACCCCCACAGCAUGAUGCUGCCACCCCUGUGCUUCACGGUUGGUGUGGUGUUCUUUGGCUUGCAAGCAGCCCCCUUUUUCCUCCAAACAUAACGAUGGUCAUUAUGGCCAAACAGUUCUAUUUUUGUUUCAUCAGACCAGAGGACAUUUCUCCAAAAAGUGUGAUCUUUGUCCCCAUGUGCAGUUGCAAACCGUAGUCUGGCUUUUUUAUGGCGGUUUUGGAGCAGUGGCUUCUUCCUUGCUAAGCGGCCUUUCAGGUUAUGUCGAUAUAGGACUUGUUUUACUGUGGAUAUAGAUACUUUUGUACCUGUUUCCUCCAAUAUCUUCACAAGGUCCUUUGCUGUUGUUCUGGGAAUGAUUUGCACUUUUCGCACCAAAGUACGUUCAUCUCUAGCGGACAGAACGUGUCUCCUUCCUAAGCGGUAUGACGGCUGCGUGGUCCUAUGGUGUUCAUACUUGCUUUCGAUUGUUUGUACAGAUGAACGUGGUACCUUCAGGCGUUUGGAAAUUGCUCCGAAGGAUGAACCAGACUUGUGGAGGUCUACAAUUUUUUUUCUGAUGUCUUGGCUGAUUUCUUUUGAUUUUCCCAUGAUGUCAAGCAAAGAGGCACUGAGUUUGAAAGUAGGCCUUGAAAUACAUCCACAGGUACACCUCCAAUUGACUCAAAUGAUGUCAAUUAGCCUAUCAGAAGCUUCUAAAGCCAUGACAUCCUUUUCUGGAAUUUUCCAAGCUGUUUAAAGGCACAGUCAACUUAGUGUAAGUAAACUUCUGACCCACUGGAAUUGUGAUACAGUGAAUUAUAAGUGAAAUAAUCUGUCUGUAAACAACUGUUGGAAAAAUUACUUGUGUCAUGCACAAAGUAGAUGUCCUAACCGACUUGCCAAAACUAUAGUUUGUUAAGAAGAAAUGUGUGGAGUGGUUGAAAUACGAGUAAGUGUAUGUAAACUUCCGACUUCAACUGUAUAUGUGUGUAUGUAUGUGUAUGUAGGUAUGUACAGUACCAGUCAAAGGUUUGCCAGAUGAAAGCCACUCGCUUGGAGUUUGCCAAAAGGCACCUAAAAGACUCUCAGACCAUGAGAAACAAGAUUAUCUGGCCUGAUUAUACCAAGAUUGAACUCUUUGGCCUGAAUGUCAAGCGUCACGUCUGGAGGAAACCAAGCACCAUCCAUACGGUGAAGCAUGGUAUUGGCAGCAUUAUGCUGUGGGGAUGUUUUUCAGCUGCAGGGAUUGGGAGACUAGUCAGGAUCGAGGGAAAGAUGAACGGAGCAAAGUAAAGAGAGAUCCAUGAUGAAAACCUGCUCCAGAGCGCUCAGGACCUCAGACUGGGGCAAAGGUUCACCUUUCAACAGAACAACGACCCAAAGCACACAGCGCAGACAACGCAGAAGUGGCUUCGGAACAAUUCUCUGAAUGUCCUUGAGUGGCCCAGCCAGAGCCCGGACUUUAACCCGAUCGAACAUCUCUGGAGAGACCUGAAAAUAGCUGUGCAGCGACGCUCCCAUCCAACCUGACAGAGCUUGAGAGGAUCUGCAGACAAGAAUGGGAGAAACUCCCCAAAUGCAGGUGUGCUAAGCUUGUAGCAUCCUACCCAAGAAGACCCAAGGCUGUAUUCGCUUCAACAAAGUACUGAGUAAAGGGUCUGAAUACUUAUGUAAAUGUGAUAUUUACAUUUUUUAUUUUUAAUACAUUUGCAAACAUUUCUAAAAACGUGUUUUUCCUUUGUCAUUAUGGGGUAUUGUGUGUAGAUUGAUUAAGGGGAAAAAAUUAUUUAAUCCAUUUUAGAAUAAGGCUGUAACGCAACAAAAUGUGAAAAAAGUUAAGGGGUCUGAAUACUUUCAGAAUGCACUGUAUAUGACAUGCAUCCAUGCGUGUGUCUAGCAUGUGUUUAUUUAUUUUUCCUUUUCCUUUUUUUACCAGUCAAUUAAGAUCAAAUUUGUAUAUACAAUGUUCUUAUUUACAACAAAUUGUUACUGAUGGCCUGUGUGUUAGGCUGUGUGAGGACUGAAUACUGUAUGACCCGUAGUUUUGAAGGUCUAUGUGAAAAUUGAUGAUAAUAGUAAUUUGCUAGUAUGUGGGUCGUGCCUCCAAUUCAGUGCCUUUUGAGAAGUGUAACUUGGUAAAAAAAUUAUAAUAAUUUUGAUUUCACCUAAUUUUAACAUUCUGUCAUAAAGAGCACAUAUUCAAUUUAAUAAAAAACAAGUUUUCCAAUCGCAAGAGGUUAAAUAAAUAAAAAAAGACUAUAGUAAGUGCGUACUAAGUGCCAAAUAAAGUAACAGGGUUGACCAUAAGAGGGUUGACGAUUUAAACUUAUAUCAGCCAUAAAUCCCCUUCUGACAGGGGGAAUAUAAUCUUGUUGUGUGCAACAGGGAGUGGCAAUUGAACGCGAGCUUCACCAAAAAAUUACAUUGUUAAAACCUUUCUAGCCUAUCUAUCUAUGGGUAGGUAACAGGGUUGACCUGUUAUUUUCGACCCUCUCAUUUUUCCACCACAAAACACCAGAAAAUGGCCAAAAAGAGUAGAACCAGCUCACCUGCUUUUACACUAUGAUUUUACUAUUAGAUGUUCAAUAUAUAUUUUGAAAUAAAUAUUUAAAAAGGAAUAGUUUCACCAUAUUUAAAGGAGAGUUCAAUUCACGUACAGGGUCGACCUUAAACUGAGGGACACACGUAAAGGAAUCACUAAUCACAUAAAAUAAAUAACAAUCUUCAGAAAUGACUUUGUCAAAGCAACAAAAUAACUAGGGCUUUACAAUGAUGGCUAAAACCUGGAUAAAUGUUGGGGUUAAGUGGGAUAAAAUCUUCCUAGAAGUCACAGAGGCAUUGUACUGUAUGAAUGUGUUGGUUGUAUUGUAUUGUAGCUGGUGAUGUUCUGUGAGGUGAUGACCAUAUAGCAGGCUAUAUAACAUUAAGACAUGUUAUAGCUAUGUAAUAAUAUGUUUAUGAAUGUGUUGGUUGCAUGUGUUGUCGCUGGAGAUGUUCUGUGAGGUGAUGACCACGUAGCAGACUUCCUCUGUGACAUUAUUUUGAGGUUAUGCUAUGAGGGGUCAUAAGAGGUUAUAACUGUUCAUUGCAUUGUGUUGUAGCUGGAGAUGUUCUGUGAGGUGAUGACCAUGCAGCAGGCGGGCUACGUGAUGCUGAUGGACUACCUGCAGAACAACUACAGGGAGCAGCAGCAGCAGUUCAUGGGCCAGGCCUUCUCCUCCUACACCGGCACAGAGGAGGUCCUCACUCCCAGUAUGUACCUGUCUGUCCUGUCUGUCUGCCUGCCUGUGUCUGUCCUGUCUGUCUGUCCUGUCUGUCUGUCUUGUCUGUCUGUCCUGUCUGUCUGUCUGUCGGUCCUGUCGGUCUGUCUGUUCUGUCUGUCUGUGCUGUCUGUUUGUCUGUCUGUCUGUCUGUCUGUCUGUCCUGUCUGUCUGUCUGGUCUGUCUUGUCCUGUCUUGUCUGUCUUGUCUGUCUUGUCUGUCUUGUCUGUCUUGUCUGUCUGUCUGUCUGUCUGUCUGUCUGUCUGUCUGGUCUGUCUUGUCUGUCUCCAAUAAACCAUCCAACCAUCUGUCGUAUUCACUCCUGGUUCUUGGCACUAACACCUGAUUCAACUAAUCAUGGUCUUGAUGAUUAGGUGAUGAAUAGAUUCAGGUUUGUUAAUGCUGGGCUGGAAAAAAGUCGGCUGUCAAGUAACUCACAGAGAAAUAGAGCAUUAAUAUGUAUUAAGCCUACAUUGUCAUUGCAGCAGAGCAUAGCAUAUUUAAUUCUGAGCAGAACGUAGCAUCAUACCAAUAACAAACAUCCCAAAUAUAUUUGUGACACUUUUGGUGGCCUAUUAAAAUGUCAUAGGUGGAUUUUGAUACAUACGAGGCAAGUACUGGUAACCCAACUGAGAACCUGCACCUUGUUAUGGGCAAAUGUAAUCUGUGACACACAUGCACGCACACACACACACACACACACACACAUACACACACACACACACACACACACACACACACACACACACACACACACACACACACACACACACACACACACACACAUAUAUACAGACACAUACACUGUACACUGUGGCUGUCUCACAGAGCUAAUUUAAUGGAUCAUACUGGUUCCUGACCCUUCUAAAGCCGUGAUGGCAGUUUGAUGUGUGUUUUCGACUGGUUAGACAUCAGCAUUAAUCAGGACUUUAACUAGCAUGUGGCAUGCUGGCAGGCAUUCAAUAUAAGACAGCAUGUGUGUCAGCAUCUGUGUGUGUGUGCCUCUCUUAAUUAUACCCAGACUCUCCUUAUAUCCUUGAAAGGGGAAUUUAAUUGCUUAGGCACCAGGCUAAUACACUAGGGACAGCACUCCCUCUCUCGCAUCUCUCUCUAUCUCUCUCCCUACUUUACGUGUCAUGCCAGCAUUGAUAUUAGUCUCUCAGUUUGAAGUUCUCUCCCCUCUUUUUUUAGACCUGGUGGUCGCUAGGUGUUGCUAGGUUACCUGCUCAGAGUCUGUGGCUGGCCCCUCACUUUCAUAGAGCACUUUCCAAACGUCUUUGGAAAAUGGAUACAGCGCAUUGAAUAUUAUAUAUUAUGUACAUGAAUAGGUGUGAGAUGCACGUCACAACAAAAUAAAAUAAAGACUGAAAAAGACUGCUGUUUCUUUGCUCCUCUCUGCCCUCUUGUGCUCAAAAUGAGUUAGUACAAAUGUGAGUCUCUCUUUCUUAAGUCCCUCAGCAUCAUUAAAAACAUAAAAAACACCCCAAAUGAUUUCCAUGGUCUACUCUUGUGACGCCCUUAUGACCCUUCUGGGCAAAGAUGAUAAGUGACUAAGUAAACUGAAGUGCAGGCUUUAGCGUAGAUCGUGUAGGAAAUGUGUCAACAGUUCAGUUAUUGUCCCUGGCCAUUGUCUCAGGUCUCAUUUUAAUUGAUUUAAAUCUCUUUCUCCCCCCUCUAAUCUGUGUUAAUCCCAGGGUCUCAGUGUGUCUGUGAGCUGCAUUAGUGCCGGAGCACUAAUCUUUGAUGGUGACCUUUGACACAGGCAUGAGGCACAGAUUUAUCCCUCUUAACGGAAGAAACACCCAGUUGUGAUGACCAUUAUUCCCCCAUGCAAAAUUGAGAACAAAUAUUCUGGUUUUGGUGCCAGGAAUGAAGUUUGACAUUUAUUCUACACAUUUCUUUGUACCACUGCAAGUGAUUAUUUUACGUUGAAUUCUUAAGAAUCUAAAAUAAUUUGGAUUUAUUUCUCUCUCUCUCUCUCUCUCUAGAGAGCUAGCGCAGUACGCUCUCCGGAAGAGUCGAGCGAUCUGAGGAAUGCGCGAUGUCUAGCUGGCGAGAAGAGUCUUGAGUGGAGCUGAGCGAGCGCUUUCUCUCCUCUCUCUUCCUCUCUCCUAUCGGUCUAGCCUAUCUCUCUCUCUCUCUCUCAUCUCUCUCUAUCUCUCUCUCUCUCUCUCUCUCUCUCUCUCUCUCUGUCAGUCUGCAGUUCAGAGCCGGAGAACGUGCAGGCAGACCCCCAUAACCUGACCAGCCUGCUGGUGAUGUGGGAGCGGCCACGGGCGGUGUACGACGCCGGGAUAGAGAAGUACUCAGUUACCUACAAGCUGGCCCAGGGAGAGGACCCUCCAGCCUUCGAGUACCUGACCGACGGAGACCAGGAUGUGGUGAGGGACAUUUACAGUUGAAGUCGGAGGUUUACAUACACUUAGGUUGGAGUCAUUAAAACUUGUUUUUCAACCACUCCACAAAUUUCUUGUUAACAAACUAUAGUUUUAGCAAGUCGGUUACGACAUCUACUUUGUGCAUGACACAAGUAAUUUUUCAAACAAUUGUUUACAGACAGAUUAUUUCACUUAUAAUUCACUGUAUCACAAUUCCAGUGGGUCAGAGGUUUACAUACACUAUGUUGACUGUGCCUUUUAAACAGCUUGGAAAAUUCCAGAAAAUGAUGUCAUGGCUUUAGAAGCUUCUGAUAGGCUAAUUGACAUAAUUUGAGUCAAUUGGAGGUGUACCUGUGGAUGUAUUUCAAGGCCUACUUUCAAACUCAGUGCCUCUUUGCUUGACAUCAUGGGAAAAUCAAAAGAAAUCAGCCAAGACCUCCACAAGUCUGGUUCAUCCUUCGGAGCAAUUUCCAAACGCCUGAACGUACCAUGUUCAUCUGUACAAACAAUAGUAAGCAAGUAUAAACACCAUGGGACCACGCAGCCGUCAUACCGCUCAGGAAGGAGACGCGUUCUGUCUCCUAGAGAUGAACAUACUUUGGUGCAAAAAGUGCAAAUCAAUCCCAGAACAACAGCAAAGGACCUUGUGAAGAUGCUGGAGGAAACAGCUACAAAAGUAUCUAUAUCCACAGUAAAACGAGUCCUAUAUCGACAUAACCUGAAAGGCCGCUCAGCAAGGAAGAAGCCACUGCUCCAAAACCGGGACAAAGAUCGUACUUUUUGGAGAGAUGUCCUCUGGUCUGAUUAAACAAAAAUAUAACUGUUUGGCCAUAAUGACCAUCGUUAUGUUUGGAGGAAAAAGGGGGUGGGUCGCAGGCCGAAGAACACCAUCCCAACCAUGAAGCACGGAGGUGGCAGCAUCAUGCUGUGGGGGUGCUUUGCUGCAGGAGGGACUGGUACACUUCACAAAAUAGAUGGCAUCAUGAGGAAGGAAAAUUAUGUGGAUAUAUUGAACCAUCUCAAGACAUCAGUCAGGAAGUUAAAGCUUGGUCGCAAAUGGGUCUUCCAAAUGGACAAUGACCCCAAGCAUACUUCCAAAGUUGUGGCAAAAUGGCUUAAGGACACCAAAGUCAAGGUAUUGGAGUGGCCAUCACAAAGCCCUGACCUCAAUCCUAUAGAAGAUUUGUGGGCAGAACUGAAAAAGUGUGUGCGAGCAAGGAGACCUACAAACCUGACUCAGUUACAUCAGCUCUGUCAGGAGGAAUGGGCCAAGAUUUAUGAAAUAAAUCAUUCUCUCUACUAUUAUUCUGACAUUUCACAUUCUUAAAAUGAAGUGGUGAUCCUAACUGACCUAAAACAGGGAAUCUAUACUAGGAUUAAAUCUCAGGAAUUGUGAAAAACUGAGUUUAAAUGUAUUUGGCUAAGGUGUAUGUAAACUUCCGACUUCAACUGUAUGUAGCGGGGGUGGUUCACGGAACUAAUGCUUGUGAGCUGGAGCUCAGCAAACUAACACACGCUGAUAACCAAACCCUGUCAAUCACAUUUUGGAAGGUUUGUGUGAAUGAACAAAUUAAGGAAUGAAUGACUGAAGAAACAAACAAAGAAACUAAAGAACCAUAGAAUGAUUGAAUGCAAGAACAGAUGCUAUAAAGGUAUAACCCUCCACAUCUCCAUCUCCAUCACCACCACCACCCUAAAUCCCAUGUACUCCCCUCUCCCUGUCUUUCCCCAGGGGGCCAUAUUGCAGGACCUGAUGGCCAACACCAGCUACGUGGUUCAGGUCAUGGCGGUCUGCACCAACGGUCUGUACGGCCGCGUGAGCGAGCAGCUGACCGUCGACAUGCCGAUCGACGACCCCGGUAAGAGCGACCGCGACCGUCAAUACGUCUACACAGACCGUACAUAGGGGGUAUACUCUGCCGUAGCGUUCUGAUGAUAUAGAGAGUAGAGACCAAACAUAGAUGGUUGAUCAUUUGCAAACCAGUUCCCUUUACUGUAUCGCUUUAAUGGUAGGUCUUAACAGCAAAGUCACACUUACCACUAGUGUAGUCUAGUCAGUCAGUUUGCAGAUAAGAUGCCCUGAAGGCUUCUCAGAUAGAGAAUUAACAGAUUGGGAAUUCUGAAGAAGUUAAGAUAUAGUUCUGUCGUGGUUUCUGAUUGGUGUCCACGUAUGUCCACAAAUGACCACACAUUUCACACCCACCGAACUGUCACUGGUUUCCAGAGACACUUCUGUUUCCCCAGCCGUCUUGGCCAUGCUCCCUGUAUGAUGUUGUUUGUGAUUUGAAGCACCCCCCCCCCCACCCCUCAGUCUCACUGUGUCUUCUCUCUCUGUCCAGUUCUGUUCCUUUAAACAUGCACACAGUUCCUCUAUGUGCCACAGUAAAUGUACUGCGUGUAGUGUACUCUGUCUCUGGUCAAAUCUUCUGUCCGCCUUUCUUUGUACCUUUUUCAAAUGUGCUUUGAUUUCUAAGACGAAGAAUGACCCCCUCAAUCUGUUUGGUUAAGGUCAAAGAUGAUUCCAUGUGUCCCUUCUAUGUCACACAAAAUACAAAAAAUUGCACUUUUGUUUUGAAAUGGCAUCUUUUCCUCCUGUCACAGUAAGAGGAUGUUUGCUUAUGUGCAGCAUUUGUAUGAAAUGAUGGGUACUCUGUAUCUGCUGAAUUGUACGUUUAUAAUAAACACAUCUUGUCUUGCUAAAAAUCCUCUGUAUCAUAUUUCGAUGUGCAUGAAUUGUGUACACUCAUCCAAAUGACUUGAUACAAUUGUGUGACCGAAUGCGCUGUGACAAUUGUGGUGACAAAACAUCACAUUUGUGAAUCGCGUUUGUGAAUUCAUUCAUUCAUCCCUUCCCUCUCCACUUAACUUUUUAAAAACCCACCUCAUGCUUUACAAACCCACUCUGAUCUGGCCUGAGGCCUCCAUGAUGUGUAACUUAGUCCCAUCCAGGUAAGAGGAUGUGUGCGUGGGCCUGUGUGUGCAUGUGCAUGGGUGUGUUAACACUCAGUUUGUGCUGACCCGGAAGUACUACCUGUGGAUAACUUCUAACUUCAUCCGUCAUUCGAGAGAGAAAAGCAAGGGCAGUGAGAGAGAGGAGCUUCUCUUCGAGAGGAGAGAGAGCCUCGAUCGCGAUCCUCCUCUCUCUGCUCUCUCUCCUCUCUCUCUCUCUUCUCUCUCUCUCUCUCUCUCUUCUCUCUCUCUCUCCCUCACCUCACCUCACUGGUGAGACAGCGAACAUAUUCACAAAGAUUUCGAAUAUAGGUUCAUACUAUCUAAUUUUUUGCCGCUUCAUAUACUGUGGACCCAUUGAAAGAUGUGGAUAUCAAGCUUCCGAAGAUUUUUCUCAAGCUUUUAUCCUGGACCUGAAGACCAAUCUGUGAAUUAAAAUACAGUGUUGCACCCAAUUCAUCAAAAACCUACCAUCAAAAACAGAAUGGUUUUCACAUAUACUCAACCUGUUUGUGUGUGUGAGUGUCUCCUUAUGGUUAUUCUUUCAGUUACAUUUUAAUUUACGUUUAAAGUAAAGUGUCUGUCUGUAAGAACGUCGUUGGGUUUGUCAAUGGGACCAGUAUCUCAGAUUAUAAUGUCAUUGUUACUAAUUGUCAAAGUUGUAACUAAGGGCUCUCUUCAAUCCGCAUCGUGGAACCUUUACAGCAUGAUUGAAAUUUAAAGGCAAUGUUCCUGCUUUAGCGGAGACUGCAUUCACGGUAAACGCUGCAUAUGUCGGCUCAAUCGGAAAUUACCUUUCAAUUUAUAACGCAGAAUCUGUAAUGCUUCAGUUUUACAGAUUGAUUAGAGCCCUAAAUUGAAGCCAGAAGAAAAACAAUCACACAAAACAAUGUCUAGGCUGUUAUCUUCGUAACUUGUCAGACUGUUGACCAUAAUAUGUUGAGAGAUAUCAAGUAUCAGUCUUAGUUAGGUAUUUGUAUGAACAUACGUACAGUAACCCAGUGAGCACAAGACAUUGAAAAAACAUAUUUUCUACCUCCCAAAAACAUAUUUUGCUCAUAGGGAAGGUACUUUAUUGUUUCCAAAAUGUUUCUAACGCUCUCAUCUGUGAUUAUUUUCAGAGGACACCCCUGAUCCAGAUUCUACUGGAUUUGAAGAGGAAGUAAGUAUAAUAUAACAUACAUUUUGCUUAUUUCAUAAUGCAAUGUGGUGAUACUGUCUGUAGCGCACUGCAAUAAAAACAUUCAUUUAAACGUAGGACAUAGGACAAGGAGUAGUGUCUCAUUACAAGGCAUCAGUAUAUGUAGUGUGUGACUGUGUGUAUUUCCCCACCAGGAGGACUAUGGACCCCCGGUUGAACCGGUUGAAGACCAGGACAAUGACAUGGACUGGACCACCCCAAGCUCUACGAGGACCAGGCCCAAAACAACCACUGGCCCACCAAGCCUCCCCUUGCCUGGUAUCAGAACAACCACUCCUUCUGUCCAGAGGAGAACCAUCACUCCAGGGUCUCCUUUCAAGACCACUCAGCCCAAGCGAUCCCAUACAUCCACGGAGCCGAGGGUAAGGGACCGCACCACGACCAGCGCUCCAGCAGAGGGGGCUGUCUUACCAGGCAGCAGAGGGAGGGGGAGUACCCAGAAGUAUACCACUACAGCGACCAUGCCGCUGUCUCGCACUGAUGACAUCACCACUUCCUCAAGCAGAAAGGAGAAGGGCAGAGGGAUGGGGCGCCCCGUGACCGUCCCAAGCGGCAAAGGCAGCAGUGUUUCCAUGGCCACCCCUCUUCCGGAAAGCUGGACCGUGGCCACUUCUUCCCCCUCCCUCUUUCAGGGGGUACCACCACAGCCUACAAGUCCCAGCAUGCCCUUGUUUUCGUCCACUGCCUCCUCCUUCGGCAGCGUUCUCUCGCAGACCACGCAGCCGGUGUUCAACGGUGAGAUCCUCCCCUCCACCCUUCCUGUGUGUGACACGACGACCCCUGGUUACCCCGGCUCCACCCCUAGCAACGCCCCCACAGCCUGCCUGCAUGUCCCUCCUUCGUCUAGACCUGUGUCGUCUGUGACCCCUCCUGCUCGGGACUCCCCGCAUGCUGCUACCGCACUGUUGUCUAGUGGUGACUCAUUCCUCGCUCCCUCCUCACGCUCCUCCCCCACCCUGUCUCUCCUCCCUCACCCCUCACACCCCCUGUCUGGUUGGGAGACAGUAGUCUCUCGUGGUGUUAGUGAUGAUGGCGAUGUGUUGUCUGGUUCUUCGUCCAUGGCCUCGGGUGACCCCCCACUAUUUAGUGACACUCCCCCCCUUCAAACUCUACCUGACACGCCCGCCGAGCGAGACCUGUCUGAGCUAGCCUCUAGACCGCUCCCUGCAGCCUCUCUUUCCCUGCAGCCUUCUCUUCUCCUCUCUAGUGACUUCUCUCUGUCCAGGGCCACCCCGGGCCUCACUGACUCUGUGUCUGGCGGGCUGGGGGACUCUAGUUAUGCUACGGGCGGUGUAGUAGAGUCUUCUCUGUCGGGGGUCGUUGAUGGUGGCGCUGGGUUCACGGUAGCUAGCAAUGGUGUGGAGUCAUUGUGUACCUGCUCGCUGGAUGGCUCCUCGUCCUCUUCCUGGUUGCAUGCCUCUGCUCACCUCCCCCUGCCCACGUCUGACUGGGGGGCGGCUAGCCUAGCACUCUACUCCUCCGGUAGCGACUUAGACCAUCUCAUCCAUUCAUCUCUGGCGGGCUCCACCAACCCGUCUGGAGGUCAGCCUUUCUUCUCUUCCUCCUCCUCUCCUCCUGUUCCUCCUCAUCCUCCUCUCUCUGGUUCCCAUAGUGACCUGCACGUUUCUGUUACAGCCACGGCGUCCCGCUCCAAGGACCGCUGGGUCUCGGCAAUCCGAACCUCCGCCCCCUCCUCCUCUUCCUCCUCCACGGCCUCCCCCGUCACCCCCACCCUCACCCCUGAUCUGCAGACGGUAGACAGUAGUGCGUCUGGCUCGACCCUGUUGGGAGAAGCCCAGGACGAGCUAGAUGAGGAAUGGGACAGGGUUCAGAGUUCAGCCUCGGGGGAGGGCACGCUCCCUUACAUCCCCACCGUCCCCCCCCCAUUCACCUCUGAGGUCGCCGCCUCUACGGAUGCCGACAAUGAAGAACGCUCCUCUGCGUUUUACUUUGAGAGUGAGAGCGGCAGUGCCGUCGCCACGGAGAUGGCAGGGAGCACAGCAACAGUAUUCACGGUAACUGCGGCGGUGGCCUGGCCGCUAGGUGGGGAGGAGCAGAGUGGCUCGGGACAGGACGAGAGCCCAUACGACAACGAGAUGUCCUCAGACUUCAGUAUCCCCGAGCGCACAGAGAGAGACUCUGAGGAGGAGGAGCCAGUCGCAGGUAAAGAACCAUCCACAAGGGGGCAACAUCUCCCCGUACAUCAAGGCAAAGCACAGUGCUGCACCUGUUGGAUUGGGGGAAAACUACAGCUUCCAUGAUGCCAAUGGAACAGAAAUACUCUGGAAUUUAGGAGGCACAUCACCUAACACACCACCUGUCUACGAUAACUAAAAUCCCAUAAUAAGAAAGUGUGUGUGCGAGUGUGCGUGUUUGUGCCUGUGUGUGUGUUCACCAUCAUGGCCUUUCUGCUUUGUAGAAGAAGAUAUCACUUUUUUAUACAUUCUGAUUUGUAGACCUAACCAUUUAGAUCCAGGCAGCUAUACUGUGUCAAGUUCAUGUCAAAGUUCACAAUCAAGUCCAUGUUCAUCAUCAUUUCAGUGUUCUUUGUUACAUGUUUUCUGUUAUAUUUAUUUACAUGCACAUGCCUUUGUCUCCACUGUUUAUUUGCUCUAACAUCAUGUGAACACCAUUGGUUAGAGCACUUCAUCUCCAGUAGAGGGCAGCAGAUCUCUUGCAAAUCACAACUCGCACCGAAAUAGAUUGUUUGCCUUAGCAGAGCACGAGUGGUCUAAUUCCCCAUUAAACAGUCUAUGUAGUUCACAAAACACUUGAGACAGUCUCAGGGCCCCUGUUUAGAAACUUUUCAGAUUUUUGACCUUGAAGAUCCUCUAUAAUAUCCCAUAUCUUUGUCAACAUUCAGACCCCAGACAAAACAGCUCAUCAAUAGAAACGACUAUCUUCAUUCAAGCCUUUGCAUUAGAAGCGGAUAGAAAACAGUUUUGCCAAUGGGUUUUUAUGGUCUCCACUCAUUCACACUUCUUAUACCUUUGCUGCAUUGAGAAUCCCAUAGAUGUAAGCCAUUGUGUGCUUUAAGCUUCGAGCCAUACUCAUGAACUAACCUUUUAGUGCAUGUUAACUUUGUGAAAGCAUUUGUAUUCACUUUCAUCCAUUGUCGCCAUUGUAUAAGGUUUAGAGAGGUCGCCAGAGGUUUAGAUGUGUUAGCUGAAUGGGUAUAAAGAUGUUAAAGCACAGGUCUACUGUAGCGUUUCAAAUUGAAGUCAACAAGUCUACGUAGUUCAAGCAGGAGCUCUGAAUUAUUCUAUGUAUUAGAACAUAAAGGUACGUUGGACUAUUCUUUAAAGGUGCAGUUUUUUUUAUCAACAUAGCUAUCCUUUCACUGGUUUGAAAAUGAUAAUACAUGUAGUUCAAAUGCUAGAGUAGUUUGAUGCUAACUCAAGUUUCACUUGCCAAGUGCUGUCUCACCUCUAUGUGAAAUGACAUAUGUUUAUAUUGCAAUACUUGCUCAACCUUUGCAAUGUUUGUUCUUGGGUAUUGAGUGUCGAUGAGUGCGUGUGUUGAUUUACUACUGAAGUGUUCGUGAGUCAAUAUGUAGUAGUUGAUUGAGUGAAUGAUUUGUUGUGGGAGUUGUGUCGUGUGUCUCAAUAGUCAACAUUAGCUCACUCCUCAUCCAUUGACCCCUCCUUAUCUAUUCUCAACCCACUUACAGAGGCCAGUAACAGCAGCCAUGAGUCCAGGGUGGGUCUGGCCAGGGAUAGGGAGAGGAGGGCCGUGGUCCCUCUGGCGGUGGUCUCCACCCUCACCUUCAUAGGACUCAUCAUCCUGGUGGGCAUCCUCAUCUACUGGAGGUAAGACCAGGUGGAGCAGGUGGAGGAGAAGGAGGAUGAUUAUUAUUAGAUCCAUAAUCCAUUAUUAUUAGAGCCAUAAUGAUUAUUAUUAGAUCCAUAAUGAUUGUUAUUAGAUCCAUAAUGAUUGUUAUUAGAUCCAUAAUUAUUAUUAUUAUUAGAGCUAAUGAUGAUGAUGAGUAUUAUGAUGAUGUUUACUGCAUCUCAGUGCUUGAGGCGUCACUACAGACCCCCUGGUUUGAUUCCAGGCUGUAUCAUAACCGGCCGUGAUUGGGAGUCCCUUAGGGCGGCGCACAAUUGGCCCAGCAUCGUCCAGGUUUGGCCGGUGUAGGCCGUCAUUGUAAAUAAGAAUUUGUUCUUAACUGACUUGCCUAGUUAAAUAAAGGUUAAAUAAAAAAAUAAAAAAUGUUGAGAAAUCCUCUCCCAUCGAUUCCCCACUGACCCCCCUGACCCCAAGCAUCAUCUGUAUAAUCGGACAGCUAAGCGACAUGAACAACAGCUUCCUUUCUGCAUUGAUAGGCUCCACACACACUGGCACCAGUAAGCCUCCUGCCUCCCUAUGGGACAGCUGUGGGGAAUUGCCCCAGGGCUGAUACCUGUCAUAUUGUUAUUCAUCUGUCGCCGAGGAGUGGGUCUGGUUGGUCCCCAGACAUCAGGGGGCACGGGUGGAGUGAAGCGGGUGGUGGCAAAGGGGGAGGGGGUUGACCUUAAGAACCUCAUAUUUGUCUGUCUCACUGGGAGGCCUAAUCUUCUGUGGCACGGGCCCAAUCUCAUUCUCACUCUCACACACUUCCCCAUGACACAUCCAAUAUCUUCACUAGGGCUUCGAUUUGAUGUCUGACUUUUCACAUGAGCUUUGCUGUGUUUGGGUAGGUUCACUUACACAUAACUGCCAGCAUUCAGAGUUGCGCGUCUCUAGGUAUGAAUACAUUUUGUCCAUACUGUGAGAUCAUAGAAAAAUACUUAUUUUCGCUGUGGUGGCAAACUGACCAGUCGCACAAUAAAAUAACCAACUUCUGCAAUCCAAUCAAGGACACGCUUUCAAAAAUGUAAACACUUUAGCCGCAUAAGACUGUAUAUUUCUCAUCCACUGGGCUGGAGACGUGACAUAUUGUUCAUGUUUUCUGUUAUUGUAUUUUCAUGUUAAACCUGUAGUAAUCUUGGUGCUGCUGAGGGAUUAAAGCUGAGAGAUGUACCCCACUCAGAGUGUAGAGUGUUGAGCUUGUGGCUCAGGGUCGUCCAGUGGUUGGGGAACAGGGCCUCGGGUGGGGUAGGAGGGGGAAAGGGCCUGCGCCUCAUUAUGUCCGACAUGAAGGCGUCGUGUCAGCGUCUUGUAAGAUGAGUGGCGCGAGGCUAAAUUGCAGUAAUCCCCUCCGUGUCGCGUCCUUGUACUUCCCCUGGUGACAUGGUGUUCAUUUGGCCACCCCACAGCUGUGCACUUGGGUUUAGCAAAGUGGGGACGUCUUUUAGAAACGCACACAUGUUAUCUACUGGAGACAUCUCUUUGCUGGUUUUGUCGUCCAGAGUAAUCUGUGUGGUGAUGUCCAUUUUUGGGUAGCUGAACACAGGCUCAUCAGAAAGAAACGCAUGCGUGAUCCUGUUAAAAACGUGUCCGAGAUAAGAAGGAUUUUUUUUUCUGUGUUACGGACAGAUUACCAUGUGUUCUCCAACAUCUGUGGUUGUCUUUGUAUCUUAAAAAACACAACAACAAAAGUGUUUUUAGGCUGUUCUUGUCUCUGAGCGUGAUCUUUUUACAUCUCAAAAAUAUAUCUACAGUUAUUGUCUUUUUAUUACAUUUUACUCAAUCAUAACACCAAUAUUAUUAUUGUUUUUGUCACAGAAUCUUUUACAACAUUUUCACCAAACGAGAACAACGCAUACAAAUACCUCUUUUGCGUUAGAUGAGAUGGAAAAAAACUAUAUAUCUUUGGGACAAAAAGUGCAAUAGCAAUGGCAAUUGGUCACAGAGACAGAAGAAACUGGCAACACUUGCAGUUCUACAAGUGUAUUGUUGACUUAUGUCAUCGUACAUUUGUUUCCACAGAAAGUGUUUCCAGACUGCCCAUUUCUAUAUAGAGGACAACACAUCCCCCAGAGUCAUAUCUGUUCCACCCACACCCAUGCAUACAGCUACAGGUAACCAUCCUCUGAGACGAGCACACUCUCACGCAACACACAGAGAUAAAAGUGUUAAAUAGCACAGAGCCACGUGGACAGGUGUCCUCUCCAUCUGUUUAUGCUCUCCAUUUUCAUCAAGCCUACCUCUGUCAUUAACACUACCUCACUCAACAACUGCUUCUGCCGGAGUAUGAAGUUUCAAACUUUCAUUCUGAUAAAGGACCUUUGUUGAUCAUAUCAAUAACCUUUGCUCUCUGCUUUUAGAUGAACAUGAAGCCCUUACGUUGAAGCAGUUUGUCAAGCACGUAAAGGAGCUCCACGACACCAACGCAUUCUCCCGGGAGUUUGAGGUGUGCUGUCACAUUCUGUACCCUUUGCUCCCUCAGAUCUCUCACAGGAUAUAGUUUAUGACAAAAACAACUAGUAUUUAUUGGUUACAUGUUUCAAUUCAGCUGUCUACCUGUUGUUAAUUAAGAUUUUCUGUAUGUAUCCAUCUUGCGAAACUGUUAUGUGUCGUUUGCGAUGUUACACGGUGGCUGUCAUUAUUUUAAGGUCAGCAUGCAGAAACCUUAUGGGGCAGUAGGCUAUGCACUGUGAUGGCCAUUCAAACUCACACUCUCUCUCAUGCUACAUGCUACAGGCCCAGAUUCCUCUGAGGAGCCAUGUCUGUUGUCCUUACCACUGAGCCUUAUAAAUGUAUCAUAUUCUACACUGCAUGCAUGGAUUUGGAUGUUUCUCUGGCUCAAGUUAAGAUAGGUUAAACUGGAUAUUUACCAUUGCUUACCAUAUUAAAUCCAGCUUGGCAUUUUAUCAGUGCUGUGUAAAUGCAUACAUGUGUAGAUGUUGUCAGUAACACAAAAAUAGGUUUGUAAGUCAAAGCUGAUACAAGGACAUUAACAUGGUACAUGGAGUGAAUCUGAAAGCCACUUUCGAAGCCCUGUUUAUCGCAUGAACAGUGUCUUUAAGUUGAGAUUUGCCCAUAAACCGUUUUCUUGUUAUUUAUUUGGACUUUUUUGCUCACUGUGUGUCAUGACAUUUCAUUGCUGUGCUUUUUGCAUUCUCACCCCCCCCCCCCCCCCCCCCCCCAUUAGAUAUUGAAAGAGUGUUACGAGGUAAGCUGUGUCUCCCUUUUCUCUUUUGAGUCGAUUAUUUCUGUAGUAAUUUUGUGUAGAUGUUUGUCACAUUUCCAGCUGCCCAUGUUGACGUUUUUGCCAUGCAUGAUGACACAUUUGUGUUCGGCUGCGUAGUAAUGGAGGAUGGUGGGAUGUUAGGGGUGGAGUGAUAAAGGUCAUGUGUUUUUUUAGGAGGUGCAAGUGUGCACGGUGGACCUGGGUAUCACCACAGACGGCUCCAACCAUCCAGACAACAAGAACAAGAACCGAUACAUCAAUAUCCUGGCCUGUAAGUCAAACAUGCACCUUCAAACACAUGUACACACACAUACAUUCUUGAAUGCACCCAGCUUAUCUCUUUCCUCCUCUACUCCUAGAUGACCACAGCCGAGUAAGACUCUCAACCCAGGCUGACAAAGAUGGGAAGAGUGGAGAUUACAUUAACGCAAACUACGUUGACGUAAUCCAUUUUGUUGCAUUUCUAUCUGCACAAUAACAUCAGAUGUUAGUAGUGUUAGAAGGGCAAAUGUCUUGUUGAUGUGUCAGUAGCUAAUCUGUUGUUCACUCUCUUUCUCUUUACCUUCCCCUCCCUCCCUUCCCUCCGCAGGGUUUCAAUAAGUCCAGGGCCUACAUUGCGGCCCAGGGCCCUCUCAAGUCCAGCACCGAGGACUUCUGGAGGAUGGUGUGGGAGCAGAACGUGGGCGUUAUCAUCAUGAUUACCAACCUGGUGGAGAAGGGACGGGUGAGAGACCGGGGACAUUAUAACUGCUUAUGCAUGUGCUUUAUGAUAUAUGUUAUAAAUGCUGAAGUAUUGCAAUGUUGUAAUACUUAUACAUAUUUAGUAAUAGUUUAUAAAUAGUUUAUUCAUGCUUAUUCUAAGUAUUCUAAAGUGUUUCGUUGUGUCUCUCAGAGGAAGUGUGACCAGUACUGGCCCCUGGAGAGCCAGGAUGAGUAUGGUGGUUUCCUGGUGACGGUGAAGAGCAGCAAGGUUCUGGCCCACUACACCCAGAGAACUUUCACCCUCAGGAACACCAAGGUCCAAAAGGUUAGAGGCCACACUAUUUACCUCAUUCACCAGUAAUAGUUUCAACUCUACUUCCUCACAUGUAUCUACUUUGGUUGCACCUACCCUACAAGCCAGUUGAAGCGCUACAUCAUUAGAACUUUAGUUUCUGGAAAUUUCUUAUGGAACUCACAAAUCCGAAGUGUCAAAUUGACAGUCAUUUUGUGUCUCAUCCUGUUCACCACUUCCUGUUUCCUCCCAUCAACCCCAGGGUUCACUGAAGGGGCGGAUUAACGAGCGGACCGUGACACAGUACCACUACACCCAGUGGCCAGACAUGGGUGUGCCUGAGUACACCCUCCCCGUGCUCACCUUCGUCCAGAAGUCCUCCAAAGCCAGGACAAAUGACAUGGGGCCUGUCGUAGUACACUGCAGGUAGGAAGCCAUAGAUUUGCAGAAUGUAUAGAAUAGCUUUGAGGUCAAUGCCCUUUUUUCAAACCAAAAUUACUAAUUCAAUUCAGUCAAGAAAAAAUGGGUCAUCUACUAUAUGUGAAUGAUUCAAUUUAGGAAGUACAUUUACAUUCUUACUGGCAUAGCAAUAGAAUAGAAUGGACAUGAUCCUCCAUUAAAUGCAAUCUCUUAACAUGCAUUCCGUGGCUGCUUUCAACUAUUCCAGCUGAGAAGAUCAACAUGGAACAUUAUUUCAAAAUACCAGGAUUCAGAAUCUAUAUAAGAACAUUGCUCUAUCCAACUUCUUCACAAUUCUCCAUUGAAAUGUGGCACUUAAAUGUAAACUAAGUUGUGUACCUCUACGUGUGUUUCCAGUGCGGGCGUAGGCAGGACUGGCACCUACAUAGUGUUGGAUAGCAUGCUGAAGCAGAUCAAAGAAGAGGGCACUGUCAACAUCAUGGGCUUCCUCAAACACAUCCGCACACAGAGGAACUACCUAGUUCAGACAGAGGUGAGAGCUCAGCCAGAUGGGUGGUGGGGGGGGGGGGUUGCACUUUUGGUACUUUUCCAUUGGUGCCAUUGCGCCAGAAAAGCUCAAAUAAAUGCUUCUAAAGUAUUUGAAAGAAUACUUUUUGAUCCCAGGUCUGAUACCUGGGAUCUGAUACAUAAAUGACGUAAAUACGUAAAUGUAUACCAACAAGAAAACAGUAGAUCUACUAUGAUCAGUUGUCCUGUUACCUUGCCAGAACCGUAUGAAUGACAACACCCAGCUAAGGCCUUCAACCCCUACUUUCCCUGUGCGUUCAGGAGCAGUAUGUGUUCAUCCACGACGCCCUGGUGGAGGCCAUCUUGGGCAAGGAGACGGAGGUUUCCUCCAGCCUCAUCCACAGCUACGUCAAUGACCUUCUGACCCCAGGGCCCUCUGGCAGGACACAGCUGGAGAAACAGUUUAAGGUAAAGACACAUGCUUAUAACAGCUUAUAACAAGUCAUAGAGCAAGUAUUUGCAUUACAGAAAAAUUUACAACUGGUAAACUUUCCAUAAGAACUCCAGUAGGACAUAAAGGGCGUAACUAAAAGUAAAACAUACAUUUGAAGGAAAAUGUGUCUAAGGGGUUUAAAGACAGUUGUAGUUUUUUUUUCACAUCAAUUGUCUUUCUUUGUCCUUUGAAAAGAGCAGUUGCAACCGCUGGCAGAUGUUUAAAUACUAACAGUUAAUCUGUCACUUGGUGCCACUGAGUACAUUUACAUGCAUACUAAUAAUUCAAUAUUAAACAGAUUAUGGCAGUAAGACAAAUAUGGCAUUAAACACCUUACUCUGCUUAUCUUAAUCGGAGUAAGGUCAUAAUCGAAGUAAGUAUACGCCUAUUAAAACACCUGGUUUUCUGAGCAAUCUUUCAAAUGAUUAGGACAUGUAAGCAGCUUAAUCGGAGUUCCAUUGGUGUAUUUGAUCUGCACGUGUGCUAGCACCAGCAGCGUGAGUGAAGCUUCCCUCUUUCGCACGAGUGAAGUGAGUUCUGAAAAACCGAAAGUAUGCAUCUUAGAAAUAAUUUUCACAUACAAACUUUAAAUGUCCGAACUCAGAAUCAAAUAGGCUUCCCAAAAAUAACAUGGUCUCUGUGGUAGAACAUUUAUUUAGAUUGGCGAUCUUCUGCAUUUAUCAAAGUCACAUCAGGUAGUCUGAUUUCAUAUGUGUUUAUGUAAACAGGAUUAUUAGGGAAAUCGUUCUUCUUCGAAAACAUGUAAACGUUUAAAUCAAACUAUUAUAUGAAUCUGACUAUUCACAAUAAUCCGAUUAUUGUGUGCAUGUAACCGUACUCAAUGUGAUUACAGCUGAUAUCCCAGUCCAAUGCCAAACAGUGUGACUACUCGGCCGCCCUUAAAGAGUGCAACAGAGAGAAGAACAGAAACUCCUCUUUAAUACCUGGUGAGUUCCAGACAGGUUUGUUCAUACAUUGAACAGUUUUGGCAAUGUAUCUACUUCUCCAGAGUCAGAUGAAUGUGUGGAUACCAUUUUUAUGUUUCUGCAUCCAGUAUGAAGGAAGUUAGAGGUAGUUUUGCGAGCUAAUGCUAGCUAGCGUUAGCGCAAAGACUUCCAGUUUUUUGCGAUAAGCUAGUUAGCAUUGGCUCACGAAACUACCUCAAACUUCCUUCAUACUGGACGCAGAGACAUAAAAAUGUAAAAUCCCUUUAACAGUGUGUAGACAAUGAGACCGCACCCGGCCUCAACAUUGUCACUUUCAAUAGAACAUUUAGCAAAAUUCCCCCACACUUGAACCCCUCAACUAAAACUGUUAUAAAAAAGAAGUAAAAAAGUUAUUUGAGAACAUAAACCUUGGGGCACCGUUUUGCUCUUGUUUGAUGUAAGGCAAAUGUGUGUGACAAAAUCAUGUUGUGUAUAUAAGCAGUAGUUAUGGUUAAGUAAUACUGCUUUAAUAAAGCUAAUCAUUCUAAUAUUAAUAUUAUACAAAAUUACAUUCUCUAUACCUCAUGAGGAAGUUUAACAUUGUGUGGCUUUGUCUCCAGUUGAAAGGUCGCGGGUGUGUCUGUCUACGGUGGUGGGAGAAACUACAUCAGAUUACAUCAACGCCUCAUACCUCACGGUAAGAACCCAACCAUUCUACAUAAAAUAAUCAGAUGCAGCAGUGGAGGCUGCUGACGGGAGGACGGCUCAUAAUAAUGGCUGGAAUGAAGUCAAUGGAAUGGUAUCAAACGUAUGUUUUUUAUGUGUUUCAUACCAUUCCAUUUACUCCAUUCCAGUCAUAAUACUCCAUUCCAGCCAUUAUUAUGAGCCAUCCUACCCUCAGCAGCCUCCACUAAGAUGCAGAUACUUACCACAUAGAAGUAACACAUUUUCAGUAAAUUCCACUUUUGGUUACCUGUCUAAAUUGUCUGACUGUUUAUACCACCGGUUGUGUUCCCCAGGGGUACCGGCAGAGCACUGAGUUCAUCGUGACCCAGAACCCACUGGCCGGCACGGUGACAGACUUCUGGAGGAUGAUCUGGGAUCACAACGCUCAGGGUCAUCAUCACACUGCCGGGAACACCAGGAACACCGGGAACACCAAGCCUGGUGGGUAUCUAUCUGUCCUGGACACAAAACUGCUGAUGUGUGCAGGCAUCCAUUUUGUGCCUCAAAUAGAAAGUCCUUAUCACAUCUUUCUGUAUUCUCAGGCAGAGGGGGAGGAGCCAUACGUGUACUGGCCCCGCAAGGAGCAGCCAAUCAGCUGUGAGGCGUUCACAGUGACCCUGCGGAGCAAGAACCAAGUGUGUCUGGCCAACGAGGAGAUGCUGGUGGUGCAGGACUACGUCCUGGAGGCUACACAGGUGAGAUCAGCUGAGGGAGAUCAAUAAGACCAGGGAGAUCAGCUUGAUCUCACACAGAUCAGUCACAAUAGCAUGAUCAGCAACACUACCAGUCAAAAGUUUGGACACACCUACUCAUUCAAGGGUUUUUCUUUAUUUUUUAUAUUUUUUACAUUGUAGAAUAAUAGUGAAGACAUCAAAACUAUAAAAUAACACAAAUGGAAUCAUGUGGUAACCAAAACAGUGUUAAACAAAUCAAAAUAUAUUUCAGAUUUGAGAUUCUUCAAAUAGCCACCCUUAGCCUUGAAGACAGCGUUGCACACUCUUGGCAUUCUCUCAACCAGCUUCACCUGGAAUGUUUUUCCAACAGUCUUGAAGGAGUUCCCACAUAUGCUGAGCACUUUUUGGCUGCUUUUCCUUCACUCUGUCGUCCAACUCAUCCCAAACCAUCACAAUUGGGUUGAGGUCGGGGGAUUGUGGAGGCCAGGUCAUCUGAUGCAACACUCCAUCACUCUCCUUCUUGGUCAAAUAGCCCUUACACAGAAGCUUCCAUUCCUGUGGCGGUCCUCAUGAGAGCCAGUUUCAUCAUAGCGCUUGAUGGUUUUUGCGACUGCACUUGAAGAAACUUUCAAAGUUCUUGAAAUGUUCCGUAUUGACUGACCUUCAUGUCUUAAAGUAAUGAUGGACUGUCGUUUCUCUUUGCUUAUUUGAAGUCUUCUUACCAUAAUAUGGACUUGGUCUUUUACCAAAUAGGGCUAUCUUAUGUAUACCCCCCCUACCUUGUCACAACACAAGUGAUUGGAUCAAAAUAAAUUCCACAAAUUAACUUUUAAGAAGGCACACCUGUUAAUUGAAAUGCAUUCCAGGUGACUACCUCAUGAAGCUGGUUGAGAGAAUGCCAAGAGUGUGCAAAGCUGUCAUCAAGGCAAAGGGUGGCUAUUUAAAGAAUCUCAAAUACAACAUAUGUUUUGAUUUGUUUAACACUUUUUUGGUUACUACAUGAUUCCAUAUGUGUUAUUUCAUAGUUUUGAUGUCUUCACUAUUAUUCUACAAUGUAAAAUAUUGUAAAAAAUAAAGAAAAAACCCUUGAAUGAGUAGGUGUGUCCAAACUUUUGACUGGUAGUGUACUUAGAAUACACUAACUACAUUGGAGAGGAAGAUCAGCCACACACUGUGGGAUCAGCCCAAAAUAACAGCCUUAUAGAAAAGACCAGUCGCUAUGGACCAGUCGCUAUGGACCAGUCGCUAGUGCUCAGCAAAUGUUAUCACUGUGUCUAUACCCAAAAAACAUUAAACCACUGUUUAUUGUUACACAGAGGGAAUAUAUAGCAACUUGAUUUUUCCAUUUAGGAGUUGUUCUGCUCAUAUUUCCCUGGAUCUUGGCCCAUGGUGAAACCAAAUGAAGAGUGAAAAUAGAAUUCAAUACACGUUCCCCACACCUCAAUGGAGCACAGCUGUUAUUUUUCACACAGUUUUCACUCAACCAUCUGUACCUCCAAUCACUGGACCACUUUCAACACACACACACACACACACACACUCUCGCUCUCUCUUUCACACACUCUCUCUAUCUCUCACUCUCUCUGAUUGUGUGUUAUUGUCCCCCUCUGGGCCAGGAUGACUAUGUUCUGGAGGUGAGGCACUACCGGGCGCCGCGCUGGCCCAACCCAGACAGCCCCAUCAGCAGCAACUUUGAACUGCUCAGUCUGGUGAGGGAGGAGAGCUCCUCCAAGGAGGGCCCCAUGGUGGUCCAUGACGAGUAAGACCUAUUGAUUUACUGAUUGAUUAUUUAUCUGUGAAAUAAGGUAAUGAUGUCCACUCUAAACCAUUUUCAAGACCUGGAACCAAUGGAAUAGUCCCAAAUGUCAAAAUCUCACCCAUCUGGAACCAGGCUCAAAACCCCUGAAUCCCUUUUUUCCCUUCUCUUUUUUAUUUUGGCCACUGGUAAUAGAUUCAAGAUGAUCCACUCUGAGACCUUAACCUAAGAGGAUAAGAAGAUAUGUCCACAUUUCCAAUACUCUUAAUAUUUCUUGGAACUAAAAUGCUGCACUGAUCCAGGCCUAUUUAUACAAUCCUGUCUCAAUACUAUUUUAUGGCGCUCAAUCCUGGGUUUUACUGUAAAUACUGUAAAGGUUCAGUAAAUACUUACAGGAUUAGUGCUCUAUGCUCCAGUUUGUAACAUUUUCCAAAUAUGUCUUGGAAUUAGCCCAAAGUAUCUAAAGCUGGCUUAGCCCCUGGCUAAUAUGUCCAGAAAUUAGGUCAGUUUUAAAGGCACUUCACAGCGGCGGUCUGAUUUUGCAGGGUUGGCGGUGUUACUGCGGGAACCUUCUGUGCCCUGUCUACUCUGGUGCUCCAACUAGAGUUGGAGAGCUCUAUGGACGUGUACCAGGUGGCCAAGAUGACCAACCUCAUGAGGCCCGGGACCUUCACUGAUGUAGUAAGUCAAUCUGAAGCACCGACUGACUGUACCUGAGUGAUGCACAGCAGCCAUUUUGUGUUGAAACAUUCUCUCUUCAACAGCACAGUUUCUCUAUUUCUCUGUCAUUCAGGAGCAGUACCAGUUCCUGUACAAAGCCAUGCUGAGCCUGGUUGGCACACAGGAGGACGAGAGGACGCUCCAGUCCUCUGACAACAACGGAACAGUCCCAGGGGGCCCUGUCAGCUCAGCCGAGAGCCUUGAGUCCCUGGUGUAA